CUGUGGCUGUCUGCUGUGGUUACUCCUUCUACUACAGCGGUUACUCUUUCCUUUGACUAUUGAAAAACAUUUAUGUAGUUAAAUUGUGAUUUAGGUUUUUACGUUACUGUAUGGACGUGUUUUUUUCCGUUAGUAUCGCUCAGGAUCAUCAGAUGGUCGGUGUUGACACCGUGACGGCGUAAAAAAAUAACGGGGUUUGUGAUUCAGUUGCUUCGGGGUAUUUUUUUUUCUUUAUUUAAAGUGGAAAUACGAGAAACUCCCUCCAUGUUGCGUGCAUAGGCUAUUUCCAGUCGCCUCUACUGUGCAGGACUCAACAUAGUUGAUGUAUAGAAGGACUUUUGCAUCGACUAGCUGUCACUUCAUGAAUGAAUCUUAAGCUUCAAAGCUGUUCAAGACUCUUGAACAGAAAGUAAAAGACUAUCGCCACUUUACAGCAUGUUUUCACCCACAAGACAACGAGCAAGUGGACUGACACACCGUUGAAGCUGUAAAAAUGCUCCUAAAGGCAUAACCAGGUAAGAUAAGUUAUAUUUUACUAGGUUACACAAUCUUAUUUAUCACAGUAGCUACUAUGAAAGUAACAGUGUUGGCUCUAAGUCGUUUUUAAAGAGACAUUUCUGUUUUUCUGGAUGGUCAUACGUUGGUACAGGACAAGGCUGCAGUGUAUUUGUUUAACUGUACCGAUGUAGACAACAACCCAGUGGAGAUUAAAUGAUGUUGCCAGUAGCCUAUAUCUCAGUAAUUCCCAAUGAAGCAGAAGAGGCCAUGUUUUCUGACGUCACAACAUCACCCCCAGCAGUCAUGAGACAGAGGCUACUGGAAAAAGUCAGUGGGUCAUGAAUCAGGAUGAGCAGGCCACCAUGGAAAAUGAACAGUAUGAUAAAAGUGACUCCUCUUAAGGUAGUUGACUGACUAUAAAUAUGUAUGUUGGAGUUUUAAUGCUUUUUAAGUACAGCAUCAGGCCACAGUCUGUUGCACAGAGUAGGACUUAGUGCAGUUUGAGUUUCUCUGAAGAAACUUGCCUUCGUAAUGCCCAUGAGAGGAUUAAAUGGUAACUUUAACCUUACUCCUGUGUUAGCUUUUACUACACACCCAGCAUGUGAAUGGGUCGGUUUUGACCUGUGUCUUAAAUCGGCUGCAAAUUACACUAAAAACAAUUCGGGUCAACAGCGACCCUAACACGACAAGAACCAUAAUUUUACUGACAGCAUUUAAUAAUUUUGUCAAUUUAAUUUUUCUAUUUUUAUUUUGUUCAAAGGAAGCACUUCACACAUCUAUAAAACAAGACAGGCGCGUUGGAGAAAAAAGACCAAAAUGUAGCAAAGGAAUUCCCGCACACUGUCCAACUUGCAAGCAAUCAUUUAUAUGCAAUGUUUCUGUACUAGACCUUCAUCAGGCAAGCAUUUUCUUGUUCAAGAGAAGCCAUCUUGAAUAGGGAGUAGUCAUUUCUCCAUGACCAAUCCCAUUCUCACGCGUAAACACAGAGGAACAAAAUCAUCAUUGGGUAAUUUAACCAAAGAGACAGCAAAUAAACAACAAAACACUUUGUGUGACAUCAGUCUAAAGUAAUACCCACAUGUCCAGAAGAGAAAUCCAUAACAUAGUAAUUUGAUUAAAAAUAAAUCAGUAUUUUAAAAUACUUUUUAGGAGAUAAGUUUACAUUGUAAGUUAAAAAGAGACAUAUUUAAUUAACAAAUCUCAAAUAUCUAGUACAAAAGGGCACAUCUAUCAUCAAAAUAUACAUCUAAUAACAAUGAUCCAAAGUUCAUUUUGUGCAUUUUGAACUACAUACACUUACAAUGACAGUGAAUGACAACAACAAAAAAAGGUCAUCCAGAUACCGACAAAAUCCCUUUGCUAUUUAUAUUUUGUUGAAAUAGGGGUUACUGACAAAGUCAAAAAAGUCUUGAUGCAAAAAAGUUAAUUUGUGUGGUUCUUUUAAGCAUUUAAAAACACAGACCCUGGUGCAGACCCUAACACAGGAGGAAGGUUAACAUACAGAUACCUCCUGAUUCUCUUUGCCAGGCGCUCAAAUCUAAUUGAGAUUUUUAUAACAUGCAGCGCAGCCUCACACUCACAUAUUUUAACACCACAACUGAAGUUGCUGUCAAUCAUGUUUCGUAACUAUCUGUGCGUGUUUGUACAGUUUUAGCCUGUGAUCUAUUAGAACCCAGACAGUGAUAAACGCCAUGACAUCAACACACCAGAACACAUUAGAACAAGAAAUGACUGAGUGCCCCUGGUGUAAGAGAGCUGGACACUCCACUGGUGCUACAGUGUUUGGGUGGGGCUGCAUUUGGACACACACACACACAGACAUGCAAAUCAAUUUGUGUGUUCCUCAGGCACCUGUUGGCUAGGGUCCUGGAGCGCCACCUUGGCUGGGGGUGUGUUUACAAAUCUGAUUUCCCCCAACGACAGCUGAAUGUCUCAACUGUGCAUCUGUCUGCAGAAGACCCCCCAAACUGUAGUUCAGUAUGUUGGGGUUUUUCCCUCUGUCCCUGGCAUCUGUUAGCCUUAUAAAGGCCCCAUAUCUUGCUAUGCGUAGAGGCAUACAUCAUAGUUGUGAGGCUCUCUACGGGCAACCUUGAGGCCACCAGAUAAGAUUUAAGCCUGCUUGCAUGAUGCUAAAAGCAGAUAUUAUAACACGGAUAAGUUAUUUCCACAGCAAUGAUAGAAAUCGCAGACUGAGUGAGUCCUUGUAGAGCAAGGUCAGUGUUAAACAUUUCUUCAGACUGUCAGACACCAGCUCAUGGACUAGUGUGCUGUAUCUUUUUUAACUCAUCCAAUUUCCUGACAGAAGAGGACUCAUUUUUGUUCUCUUUACUUUGUUUGCACACACUCCGCUCUACUCCCUGUGGCUCACAAUCAAUGGUGGAUCAAAUGACCGGGUGUAUAAAAUGUCCAGGGAUGAGCUCAUUCUUGAUGGUGUACUGUGGUUGUUCUCAUGUACGUGUUGUGGUGUCUCGGUGGAGCCAAGUGACUCAGUCUGACUUUUCACUGAUCCUCCUUGCCCUCCUCUCUCCCUGUAUGCGGUCUAUCAUUAGAGCUAUACUUAGCUACGCUUAUCAGUUCUGUCAUUGCCUUGGUAAGCCCGCAGAUGUUUAAGUGCUUGGAAUAGCUCGGUGUGUAACAGAGUGUAGAUACAGGAUCACGGGUGACGUGCUGUAGGAUCAGAAAUGGAGCAUUGCUGGAGAGAGGAGUCUGUCUUUCUAUUCAAGUCUGUCUAUUACUGAGCUAUGUCCAAAAUACAGUGUGGCAAAUAAGUCCUUUGAGAUUCAACCUAAAUCUUUCUACUAAAUAUUCUUACUUAGAGGAAAACAUUAAUCGAAAUAACACACAGUUAUCUUGUUUGCACUCAUGAUAUCGUAGCGCUGAAAUUUGAGGAAGCAGUUUUGAAUGGGUCAAGUGGUUUUGUUAGUGCAUGUGUCCUUCAACGGUGUGUUUACACAGGUGCUUGCAUGAAGACAAGGCAGGGUGGUAGCAGCAAUUGUGUCUCAUUAUUGGCUGGAUGAUGGCGUUUAUUGUCAAGGUACAAUGAGCAGCUGGUUAAAGGUCUGAAACCUUUGACUCAACAUGAAAAAUGUUCCUGCCGCACUUAUCCUUCACAUUUGAACUUGUCACUGCAGAAAAAAUCUGACAGGGUUUUCGGCAGGAGAUAAUUUACAGAUUAUUAUAAGCACUGAAACCCACCUAGUGAAGUUUUUAACUAGUUAAAAAACAGACUAAAACCAGUAUUGAUGCCUUUUUACUCCUGGCAGUAGCUUCUUAAGAUCUGGUGUGGGUGAGAUAGUUUUCACAUCACCUUAAUUCAGAGGGCUAGUGGUUAGACCGAAUAAAACACUUUCCAAACACAAAAUGUUCAUUAUCUCUAUUCUCACAAAGCUCCACCUCUCUGAAACCAUGCAUUUUUUAACCAACUGGAAUUUGUCCUGUUUUUCUCCCAUAAAACUACUUCCAAUUCCAACAAAACAUGGCUUUAUUAGACAGCUUUUUUCGACAUUUAAGUUGCUAGAAGCAGAAGCCAUGCCAAAUGCAUGACAGAUGUUGUAAAUCUGACUUCUGCUGUCACAAAACACAGCAUUCGAUAACUCUUAGCAAUUUUUGUAUCCUCCUGCAAUGUGAGCUGUCAUUCACUGUCUUCAGAGUGAGCCAAUGAGUUCAGGAGUUGCAGACUGAGCUGUUUAGUUUAACCUUCACGAAAAUAUGAGAGUGAUUUGAUAAAGACAUUCAUUUAAGUGUGCUCACUUACAACACUGCCAUCAAUGAUAAGAAUGAUUGUUUCUAAAGUUAUUCAGAAAAUCUCACCUAGGGCUAGGUAUAAGACAAAUUGAUUGACUUUCUGCAACCUAAACAACUUGUAUAAUAUUUUUCAUGGCAAAAAAACUUCCAGUAAGAGCUCAGAUGAUGAAGGGUAAAAAAAAAAACUGUCUCAAACAUGCCCUGGACUAAAUCAGCAAAGAGAAAAGAGGUGCCCUUUUUGUCCACAGGGGGCGCUAAAAUCAACACAAACUUAAAGUUCCUCACAGGAACUUUGAAUAAACACUCUUGCAAUGCUUUAUUCUGAGAGUACCCUAUAUAAUGUCUGAGCUGAGCUCCGUUUCUGUAUGAUGUCUGCACUUUAUAGCAUGACAGCUGUCGUUGUUGAUAUAUAUUACUUACUAUACACCCAGCAUGCUUCACCGAGCUCCGUUUUAUCUCUUUAGCUUCAGGUGAUAUAACUCCAUUAAGCUUGCACUACACCAGGUCACAGAGGUCACUCCUUUAAAACCUUUAGAUCUAAUUCAAUAAUCCCUCCUGGCUUGUCAUGUGAUAUAAUAGAGAGUCUACAGUAUGUGCUGUUUGGGAUUAGACACUGGAGUCAUGGUUUGAGGGUAAAAGUGAAUUUUGAACAUAUCUUCACAAAAACAAACACAGUCAUUCUCAUCAUAUGUUUCCCACAUGCAUGGUUGUUUUUCUGGGACAUACUGGCCUCUUUCAAGAGCACUUAUUAAUCAAUAUGUCAGGGUGGCUUCACAUGUUCCUGUAUCUCUUUCAGGUAACUCUACUUUCAAAGCUGUCAGACACUUCCUCACUUACUUUUGCUUCAAGAUAACGUUGAGUAUUUGUUGUUGCAAAGUAAGUUUGACUUCUUGAUCUCAGUUGGUAUUAGAGUGGUGUUGUAUUUAUUCAUUAUCCAUGUCCCGUUCAAAGUCCAUAUUCAAAUUAUUUCCAGUGUCAGUUUAUGCUGUUUUCUCCUGCUCAGACAUGAUGUUGAUAUCCAAAUGUUGUAUUUGCAUGGCAGGCUUAGGUGCACUAUCUUAGAUAACUUAGCAUUUCAUUGUCUUAUGGUGCCUCCCUGUGUUCAGAGUAGUUCAAACAGCACAUGUACAUCGAGCAAAACAGCAGUGAGCACUAUCUGUUAAUCCCGGAGGGCCCCUGAGGUGAACAGAAGAGUACUCUAGUGUAUCUGACCCUCUUUUGGAUAGGUUCCCAUCCACUUAAAUCAGUUGACUGAACAGCUCUAAACCCUGUGAAAAAGUGGACACAAAGACAUGGCACUUGAUAAAUGUUAACCACCAACUGUGGCCUUAUUUGAUGUGAGGAGGCCUUGUUCUCCCUGUGAGACUGUCUUCUGGUUACUGUACAAUAAAGCGCUGCCUUAGGAUACAGUAGAGAUACACUUCACAUGAGUGUUUUUUUUUUUUUUUUUGAGUGAAACAGCCUGAUAGAGAGAGCGGAAAGGAAAGAGGCACAGGAAAAGAGGAAGUUGGGCAGAGAGGAAGUUGACUUAAUAGUGUAUUGUCCAUUCACAGAGGAAUAAUCCACAAGGAGCAUGGUCUAUUAAAAGCUUCAUAUUUACACUGUGUAUCAUUUCCUAAGCUUAAACAGAGUCAUAGUAUCAUGAGAUGCAUCAAAUCCAUUCUCAUGACAGGUCUGUGUUUAGAUUUUUGUCAGGUGGCGAUGAAGAAAAACCCGAAACGUUACAUCAAAAGAGGCAAAAUUUUAAAUGAACUCACGUGUCAGAGAAAAAAAAACAGUUGAUACAGCUUCUGCCAUUACUGUUCUUGAAUCAGUGGAAAGUGUAGGUUAAGAGCGUGCAGUCAACUUUACAUGUGACUCUUGAGUCCCAGUCGUUAAUGUUUAUGUGUGACUGUUAAUGAGUCUUGUGACAAAGAAUGGGUCUUUGCCAAAAGGGCUUUAUUGCAGUGCAUAACCCCAUGAAUGUGCCUCCCCUUUGGAAUUAUCAUCUUUGAACUUCGGUUUCAUGUUAUAUUGAGCUUCAGAAGUAUGAUCCUCUCAGGCAUUUUCUCAUGAUGUACAUUUUUCUCUUAAGCUUCUAUGCAGCUUAUAUUCAUACAGAGGUAAUAGUUGUGCAAUAUCUGGGAUUUUAAAAAAUGAUCACAGUGAUAUGUAUGCUUUCCCAACAGUGUAACCCAUGUCCUGUGUGCUGUUGAUAGACAUUGCCUGUUGAUAUUUGCAGAAUUCUUAGUGAUAUUUAUUUGACCAUUUGCUGUAUAUCCUGUGCUACAGAUAAAAAUGUGGUGAAGUUAUCUUCCACAGCAACUUGCUUAGUGAUCAGUGCUCAAUGAGUUCUUUACUGAAUUCUACUCUUUACAUGUUACAUGAAAGAAUCAUGAUUUUCAUUUUUAACUACAACCAAAGCUGUAUGCAAAGUUAUAAGAAAAAAAGAUUGGUAAAUCAAAAUUUGUAUGAAAUAAAUUCAACUGUUUGUCCAGUUAGUUCGGCAGAGGUGACAUUAUUAAGCAGGAGAAAGUUAGUACAACAAAUAUAGCAGCACUUGGGGAAAGACAUUAGGAAUGCAAGCAGGGCACAAAUGAGAUGGACCUGACACAUAAGGAUCGGAAGAUGUGCUACAUGAAAAUAAAAUACUUUGUAAAUAAGACAAACACAAAGGAAAGACAAAUGCUAAAUUAGCAAAGCAGUCCAAAAAAAAAUGUAUAAAUUGCACUCGAUUGUAUCGCAAUACUCUGUGUUGCAAAAUGUUAAAAAUCACAAUAAUAUCAUAUUGUGGCCCAAGUAUCGGGAUAAUAUUGUAUCGUGGAGCCACUUGUGAUUCCUGCCCCUACUGUGAUGCACAUCUACCAAAGAUUUUCAUAACCUUAAAUGAGAUUAUUUAGCCUCAUAUCUUCUAGAUGACAUGCUGCCAUUGUGAACACUUGUAGUUGCGUUUACAUCCAAUCAAAUGACUCUUCUUAAUGUAAAAAGGCUACUUGUGCUGCUGAAACCUCUAAAAACCAAUACCUACUCUGAAGGUCUUUGCAGCUCUCAGCUCUUUUAACCCACUUUUGUUGUUUGCUUGACCCACAAACCGAUAAAUCUUUACAUGAGAACUCAUAAAUCCAGAUCAUGAGCUCACACAAAUCGGUUAAUGCUAUCCGGUCUAGCUUGAAAAAGCUAAAAGCUGCUGGAAGGAAUUACUGGUGAGAGAAAGUUAAAUAUGUAGAAAGCAAGGGAGCUUCAUAUUCACUCUGAUGAGUCAUGGCUUAAGUUGUGUUUUAGGGAUCUGAACAAGUAGAUAGAAAUAAAACAUGGCUGGUAGAGAGAGUCCAGAUUAGUUAUUGCACAUUUUUACAGGAGAUGAGAAACAAGUUUGUCAUUUUAGAAUCCAUGGUAGCCUCUGUCUGCAGAAAGCUUACCAGCUGACCACUGACAGGUGAAGUGAUUAUCAGAGAUUAUCUUUUCAUGAUAGCACCUGUUAGUAGGUGGGUAGCAAGGGAACAUUUUGUCCUCGAAUUUGAUGUUUCUGAAGCAGAAAAAAUGGGUGAGCAGAAGGAUGUGAGUGACUUUGACAGGGGCCAGACUGUGAUGGCUAGAUGACUGGGUCAGAGAAUCUCCAAAGUUGCACUUUUUGGUGGGUGUUCAAGUGAGUAACAAAACUCCAAAGUUUUAUUUUGCAUUGGUUCGAGGUUUAAUGACAGAACUCGUCAGUGAUCCCCUGUCAUGGUCCCAGUGAAGUGUGAUUGUCAUUUGGAAAGAAAAGUAAGACUUGGGCUGCUUUUUGACCUGCUUUUGGCUCCCAUCUUUAUAAAUGGAUCUAAUAAAGUCGCAGACAGUGACUGACACCUCUGCUGUUGCUCGGGCGACACUCAUCAGCCUUUCUAACCCUCGUGGCCAAUCAGGAGGUGAGAAUUAAACAGGGCUGUCAAACAGACUCCGAGACUCACCCAGUGGUUCAAGUGAAGGUCAUUCUGCACAUUACAGGGACAGCAGAUACUCACAUCUGACAUGCUGUACACAUACCUAGAAAGAUAAAGCAGACAGGAAAGAGAUGUUUGGAAAAACGUUAUUACAGUGAUGGAAAUGUGGACAUCUGGGCUUAUAAAACUGUAAGGAUAAUUGGAUUUAUAUAAGUCCUAUGCCAGGGUGUCUACUGCUAAGCCUCACACCUCAGAAGGAAAGCAGCAGGAUUAUUCUUAUGGAUGAGUCAAGGAGGAUGAUGGGUGCGUUUUAGGGGUGCUGUGUGUCGUGACUAUUUGCUAGAAUGACUUUUUGUAGUCGCUUUUUCAGUUCUGUAUGUAUUGACUCUUUACUUUCUUUACACCAUUUAAAAUGUUCAAAAAUGUUUUUGUCUUGAAUCAGCUCCACAGAUGUAAAAACAUAGAACAGAUUGUUAUAGUAAAACAUAUCACUUAUCAUAAAUCUUCACAAAAAUGUCAACCUGAGUGGGACCACUGCUCUGUCAGUCAUGAAAUGAGUAAGGCAUCGUAUUCUACCUCCCUUGAGCCUUUCGAGUAAUCUCAUGACGUAGGACAGCAAUGUGCUCAAUGAUAAGUGCUGUUUUCGCUUGUAAAUACUUUUUGUGUUAGAAGGAUUAUUUGGCUUUAGUAUUUAGACUUUGAACCAUAUUGUGGAUAAAUAGUCAGAUUUUUCCUGCUACAAAUAAUCUCUUUUGUACGGAGAAUGAGUCUUUCCAAAAUGUUUCUUUUUUGGCUGUAUUCCCCACAAGCAUCUCUUCUUUCACUCUUCCUUCCUCUUGCACGAAUGAAUCGGGGGCUCCUUAAGAGACGCACUAUCAAAUAUUAAAGGCACCCAUGAAGCCUCUGUUCUCUCCACCCACACACCCAUCAGCACACACCCCACACGUCACAUCAUACACACACGCGCGUACAAACACACACGCGCAGCCCCACAUGCAAGGAGAGAGACGAGACAGAUCAACCACAGAAGAGUGUCUUCCUGUUCCUGUACUCUCCCCUCUCUUAGGGCGGUACCUUACUCUCAGUGAAGAUGAUGAAGGAAACUAAAGUGCAGAGUGACUUAGCAGGAUGCAGCUCUUGUCCUAGUGAUUAACCAUGGGAUGAAAGUGAUUGGAAUAAUCAACAUUAGUUCACAGAGUUAAGGUAAUUCUUUGUUUCUGCUUUAUAUGUGUCUCUGCUUGUGGUGGUCCUGUGUCAUCCAACAUACAGCAUGUGUUAUGAUGAGUUACUGCAGUUACUUAUGUAGCAGGUUGCCUUGCCUGAACUUUCUUAGGACAGACUGUUUCCUCUGUUGUUUUUUUGUCAUCUGAUCCAGCACAGUUAGCAUCACCAAACCAUCUCUGCUCUCAUUGGAUUAGCAUGUCUUAGCAUCAGUGCAGCUCAGCCCAGUAUUGCUUUCACUCAAUACACAUUAGCCUAGCGUCAGUGUUGCUUUCAUCCCUGUCUUAUUCUAUUAGCCUGCUCUAAUGGCACUCUGUUAAUCUCUUCAGGGAGAGAGCUAUGGCCCACUACUGCCCUGUCCAGAUGACUGGCCCAGUUAUUACUCCACAGAGACACAGGGCUCUGUCAAUAUGUAAAUGAGGCUGCACAGAUUCAAUAGACUUUCUGAAAUUGAUCUCUGCUGUGGCCUGACAGCACUAGCCUUUGCAUCCAUUCAGUCUUUUUGAACUGUGGAAAAAAGGAGACUGCUCAGAGAUAGUGGUUGUUGUAAGGACCUUGGGUGCUCCAUUGGUUAUUAACACACUUAUUGCCGAGUAAAGCCAGCCAGACUUGGUCCUUUAGACCUUGAUUCUUUAACAAUUGAUCUGUAUAGCUGAGUAAUUGUAUGAGGCAAUUAAAAACGGAUCUAUUGGGAUAGGCAGAAUUAGGGUGAUUCAGAGAAAUUGCAAGUCACAGCUGAUUUCCAUAUUGGGCCAAACAAGGGAAAUGUUUUCCUUCUGCUCAUCCAUCUUGUCUGUGCUUUUAUUCUUUGCAGGGUGUCUUUUAUGAGUUCUCCUCAGUUGGCAACCUCAGCUCAGUUUAUGUGAUUUAGAGAUAUCUUAUUUCUAUGACUCUCUAUCAUGAGACAGUUGAUGUGAGCCACGGAAAGAGACAAAAUCUUUUGGGGCUUUUUUUGUCCAUCCAUCCACCCAACCUUUCCUCCCGUGAUCUUGAAGGAAUAUCUGCCUGUUGGAUUCAAAUGAUGAUUUAGAUUUCAAGAUAGACUUGUAGAUUGUGAGGCUGCAUGUCAAAGGUCAAGGCCUCAGUAGUUUCUCAUAAAAAGUAGUUUAGCUAAAACACUUGUUUCAUUUGAAAUAAUAACACCGCUCACUUUUGUCCUUGAGUACCUUUGUUAGUAGAACUGUCUGAAAACAGCAGAAUAACCACAUGGUUUGUUGAGUUAAAAAAAACACCAGUAUACAUGCAUCUAAGUUUGUGAGGACAUUCUCCAACAAGGAUUAUAAAAAACUUUUCUUUUUUUGUGUACCAGUGCUCCUUUUUUCUGUGCAGUUCUUUCUUACUGUUUUCUUUUUUCAGUUUCUUUUUACUGUUUGUUUUUUGAUGUGGCAUUAAUUAACAGUAUAAUACAUUUUCGUUCAGAUUCCUUAAAGUAGAUUUCUACACUAAAAUGACAAAUGAAUGACUGCCAGAUCUGCAGAGGGAUGCAUUUAUAAUCAAAUCAACUGAUACUUUUUUAGUUCCCAGUUGUGUAUGCUGUAUUCUUGUACAGUGUGUACGUCAACAACAUCUGGUCUACUCUUAUUACUGCACUAACUAAUAGUAAGAGACUCACUGUGUUGCUCUGUCAACAUUUAUAAGUAUUUUUUUAAACUGAAUGAUUUCAAACAUGCCAUAAAAAGACAGGUUUUUGUUUUGUUCAGAACCCCUUAUUCUCUUUUUUCCUCUGGGGUAUCCACAGUCUAAUUUCAGUCGAAUAAGAAGUCCCCCCUUCUAAUCUGUUGAAAUUGAAUCGAAUGACAAGUGUGUUCUGACAAACUGUGAGGUUGUGAAGUGUUGUAUUGGUGGGGAACUACAAGCACUGCUAGUUGGAGACAGACUGGCUGUGGGGAUAAACAGCAGGAUUGGGGAUUUACUGUGUGUAGUAGAGCACCUCCAUUCAUGCGUAACCCCAGUGACCCAAUAGAUCAUUGCCCCCUGGCUGUCAUAUCCUAUCUGCAUCUAUGCUGUUACCCCUGAAGAAUGCAUCUCUGUGGUGAGUGUGCCCGUGCAGUUUACAAGUGAAAGCUUUGCCAGAAGAGUUAUGAACAUCCUCAGCCUCUCAAAUCGGAUUUUUCAGCCCUCCUGCUUGUCUGCCAGGUGCUUUCUGUCUGGCUGUCCUUUGAGUCAGAAAUAAAGUAAUCCCAAAUAACCUUCUUGGCAGAGAGAAAGCUCUCAUUCCCUAUAAGACAUAGAGAAAGAAAGAGAGGAUGUCAUCUUAUUUCUUGCUUAUUCCACAUGUGGGUAUCAGUGCUAAAUUGCAGGUCUUGUAAAAGAGAAAUCCGCCCUAAGUCUUGUCUCAUUCCCUCUCUGCUGUCUUACAGUAAUUAAAAGUGCAUGUUUAUGUUAUAUCACUUCUCCUCCUCUUUAUGAUCAUUUUAUUUCUUUCCGGCUCGGGCUUGUCUCUUUCAUUAAUGUUUCUCAUUAAGUCCGUCUUGCUUCGAGGUAAAGCCAUUGCAAAUACACAAGCGCCAGGCAGUUCUGGAUGUCGAUCUGUCAAUCAUAACACACACACAAAAAAGAUGAAACUUUUAUGCUUUUGACAAACUUUCCGUACAGUGACAAACUCGGAUUUCUUCUAAACUGAAUUAUUAAAGCUAUUGUGAUGUGUCUCAAAGCUCAACUGGAUUAAAAUCGGAUCAACAAAACUUGGACUUGCUGUAGGGUUUCUGCUAUGUUCACAAGGUCUACAUAUGGAGAAGUAUGAUAAAACCCAAGGUCAGACUUUGUCAAGGUUUUGUGUGUUGCCUCACAAACAGCUAAGAGUUGAAGAUGGAAGGUUGUUGACAUCAGUUGAUGUGAGGUUUAUCACAGGCCUUGUGCUUGUUAUGUUACGUUGCUCUGGGAUAUUUAUUUACAGUACUUUACUCUGGGGGGAGGGGAAGGAUUUCAGAUAUGAGCCUUUGACAGAUGGCCUGCACGGUUUACUGCCCUACCUCGAAAUGUGUGUCAGACUGUUGAAAUCUUGUUAUUUAUUUGUGGUGCUUUCAAGCUGACCUGUGUCUUUGUUCCAGGAUUGGGGGUUAGAGCUGGGUAGCGACCGUAGAGUUUUGCCACAGGACUUUUAUUUUUGUUGCUCAUUUUGUUUUUCAGUUGACGUUUGCAAGUUUUUUUUGUACUCAGCAGUCCAAGAUGUAUGAAAUAGCACAGGCAUAGGUAGUAUUGACAAAUCAAUAUGGGCAAUAGAGCUUCACUUAUGGACUAUAUCAUGUGACAGCAGUCAGCUACUGACUAGCCAUUAGAAAACUGUUUGACUGUUUGUACUGGAGUACAGUAGCUCCUAACCAGUUCACAAAAGCACUAUGCCAGUAAACUGUGGGUAUGUUUCAAGAUUGAUUAAAUGCAGAGAAAGUUAUCUUUCACAGGAAAAAGCUGAGGUUUUUUUUAAGCUCUCUUUACAUCUGUUUGUGUCAGUUAAUCACUUUUAAGAAUUUUGGGACUUUUUUUCAUAAUGCCACUUGAAUUAUUAGGGGACAUCAAUUAUCAGGUCUUCAAAAUUUUUCUCACAACUAGUUUUGACAGAAGAUGUAAAACUAAGGCUAUGGAACUGUUAUAUUGAAUCAUGGCUCCUCACUGUAUUUGUGGUAGCAGCAAAAAUAUAACAGUUCUUAUAAUAUUGGAAGAAGACAAGCUGUAAAUGAGGGGAUUUUUAAUAGUGAUGAAAAAAUAAGAAAACAACAACAGAGAGGACCCAGAUGAAGAUAUACUGGUCACAGCAGUGCAUGGAUUGACUGCUUUGUAAUCGUGAUCCGCUGGACUGGACAAGAAUGGGACUGUUGACAGUUUAGCAGAAAAUCUUAAUCUAAUUGCUUCCUAUUAAACACACAUAGACACACAGUCACCACCCCCUCCCCAGGGGCAAAGAGGCUUUGGUUGCCAUGCCUGCACAUGCUGACCUGAUUUUGUGUGUAAAUAAGUGUGUGUUUUUGUAUUUGCACCAGUGUAUGUUUAUGCAGCAGAUUAGGGUAGUGGCAUAGCCCGACACUACGGUGGCAGCAGUGAGUGUGCCUCUUUGAUUGUAGACACGUGUGUCUGAGCAUGGGAAUGUGGGGCAAUGAGGUACAGAAAAGGAGACCCACAUUGUAACACAACACCCCUCCCCCAGCUCUUCAAAAGUUGAAUAGAUGAUUGCUCCAGUAUCUGCCUUUCUGUCUAUAUGCCUGUUAAUCAAGGGAUUCAUUCACACGAGACAAACUACCUGAUCUGUAGUGGAGCAUUAAUACAGCAGGUACUUAUUAAAAGUCCAUUGGUAUUUGUGAUUAUUGAUGGUAAUUGAGAAAACAAUAGGUUAUUUUCUCUACAAACAGUUUCAAUAACAGCUUGCAGCCUCAUACAGACAAAUCACUAUUUUGCUAACUGCACCUGCCAUCUGGAGCUUGGUAACGUUUGUAUCCAUUAUCCUCCUGAACAAGCCAGAUGGAUGCAACACACAGGUGCUAAACAUGUACACUUGUCACAUGGCUGAUUGACAUUGAAUUAAUCUAACAAUGAGUUAAAAAAGACAGCCCUCUGUUUUCCCUCCAUUGGUUUUUUCAUGUUUUACAACAUCCAUUCACUAUUCACAGAUUUUUGGCGACCCUCCCAGCACUUGUUUCCCGACAUCCUCUCAGGAAUUGUCUCUUUUUAUUUGUUGUUGCCUAUACUCUGAAAAACCUAUGCCAGCUACUGUUUUAAAAGUCUCUCUAACUUCUAUUCAUGGUGGCCCUCUCUUACCGCUUUAAUAUUUUAUAGCCUUGCAACCUGUAACCCUAUUCUUUUUUUUUUUUUUUUUUUAGUGUUGUAGGUUUUUCUUUCUGCUUGGCAUGAAGUCACAUGACUGAAUAACUAACAGUGAGACAGACGCCUGAUUUGUAAAGUGUGAUUACAAUUUGUGGCUGUUAAUCCGUGUAGCAGUCACAAAAGGACAGAGGCUUAUGGAGCCUUUGUGUCUCACAUGACUACAAGAAAGCAGAAAGGCUGACCUGCUGUGACAAAGCCUCAAGUCGCCCUUUAAUCUUGCUCAAUUAAUCCCUAAUGCUCCUCAUAGUCAGUGAUCUUUGAAAAGAGACGGACAUGUAACUACUGCAGCAGGUAGACAGGACUACCCGUAGCAUUUGAAGGGUUUGUAAUGACAGAUAUCUCUAACACUGUUUGUAUGGUUGACUUUGUUCACUGGAAACGUACAGGUGGACAUUACAGCACAACUUGACUGACCUGACAGACCAAUUUAGAAAUGUUAGCUUGUAUUACCUCUUUGUGUUCAAAUGUAAAGCACAGGCUGGAUCACUGUUCUGGACAGAGUAUGACUAUGGUAAGAUACAUCAGUUGGAUUUGUUUUGUGUGAUAUCUAUUGUUCCGGGAAGUUGUGAUUUUAAGUUUUAAAGGAAUUUGUUAUAUUCUCAUGCUUCAUAGCAGUGCCACAAGUUAAACCAUCGAUGCUGACAACAAAUGAUCUUUUAUCCUGUCUUUCUGUUUCCACAGUUGUGUGUGAUCCCAUGCCCCCCAUGCCUUUGUUGGCAUCUAAUGGAAGAAAAAGCGCCCAUCAGGUCUACUAUGGUAUCCAGGUUGCCUAAAUUCGGUGGUCGUUCCUCAACCGGUGGCGCAAGCCCCUUAUCCAAUGGCUCUACACAACCAACUACUCCUGCACAGGAUGGCAAGACUACUCCACCAGGAACACGCACAAAUGGUGUGGUCCAUGCCUCUCCAUUCUCCAUGAAAUGGAAGAAGGAUGAGGGGACAAUACCCCCCAGCCCCUCUAUCCCCAUCAACCUAGUGGAUGGGGGAGAAGAUAAGGCUCCAAAACAGCUUCCCUCGAUAACAAAGGAGGUCAAAAAAGUUGCUCCAGGAACACCCAAGAUACGAAGGUCAGGUUCUUUGACUGUAGCUGUCUCCAGUCCUACUGCUAUUCCAAAGCAACCCUUAAAGAUGAGUUCCAAAGUAGGGACCAAGCUCGGGCAAAGUCCUUUGAACGGAGGCCCUAAAAUGAGCCCCACAGGCUCCAGCAUUCCUGCAAGAACAGGAUCAGAUUCCCGCCUCUUGUGCCCAAGUUUAGGCUCCAGCUCUCCCAGAAGUAGCUCUCAGGACAGCCUAUCCCAGUCAAGUGACAGCCUGAAGACCUUGGCACUCGAUAACAUGGUUCGCUCCAACAGUUUCACUCACUUUAAGCAAAUCCCCUCACCUACCAACCAACCCAUGAAACGGUCCUUCUCUUUCAACCGGGCUGUGGAGCUUGCAAAGCCUCUGGCAAACACUCAACUGUCUCCUCGUAGGAGUAGUUUCCUCAAACCCCCCCAGCUGAGCAAUGGAAGAGUGGGUGUUGGACUUGGAAGCAUUAAUGGCAACAUUGGAGGUGGAGGACUUGGAGGAUUGCAGUAUAGUAGGACCCCUCCAGCUGCCUCCUCUCUGCCCACUCUUUCAAUCCCUCCAGCACCCAGUACUCCCAGGGCUCUAAGGAAGCCUCUGCUCCCCAGCUGCGUGCUGACCAAGCCAUUGAGUAGCAGUGGGAGUCCUUUGGGCUACAGGCUGGCUCGGUCUGGGCAGGCAAAGCAACAGAAGCCUCUUUUCCCAGGUAAAGUCAAGGGUGACAUCAAACCUCCAACAACCCCUGAUUGUGAUGGGCUUGAAGAAAAAGCGAUAGACAGUAAGCAGACUGGCGAGGUUGACAAAGCAGACCCCUACAGUGACAGUGAUGGAUGCUCUGGAGAUGGAGAAGGAAAAAGAGGUGUGCUUAUUAUGAGUUCUGACCAGGUAGCAGGUGAGACUCUAGAGGACAUGUCUUUAUCUUCUGCCUCAUCUCUAGAAAGAGUCGACAUCAGUGAAGAGUUUCUGGAUGACUUUGACAGUGUGGGGGAUGUAUUCAGUGAUGGGGAUCUGCCUGACAACAGAAAAACUGGCAAAACAGCUCAGACCCCCCUACACAGCUUUCUCAAUGAAACACUUGACUGGGACUCAAUGGAUCUUGAAGGUAUAAACUCUAUUUGAGAAAAAAAUGGUUCUUUUUCGAUGUUACGUAUGCCUCAGGGAUUCAGGCCUGUGUUUUUCUGAUUUAUGCAGGACACAAAGAUGAAAGCCCCAUGCAGGACUCCCAGGGACCACUGGGAUCAUCUUCAGAGCCUGCUGACGGCCUUCAGGCUUCAUCUUUGGAGCUGUCACCCUCUAACAGCUCUGGUGGUACCUACAUGUGGGAUGAGGAUGGUUUGGAACCCCUUGGAGUGCCGAGGACACUUCCAUGUGACAGCUAUGAUGACUCAGAGCUCAACAGCAUGGUGAGUUCUGUUUCUACAGGCAUUAGCAAAGCCUUUAUAUUUACACGUCAGCCCUGAAACUUGGGUUUGGGAAUUUUCAUGUUUGUUGAUGAGUUACAAAAAAUGUCACUCAGUGUGUCCUUAUUAAUCGAUCGUCAAUCAAUCUCAUCUUUCAGAAAAGGGCGAGAGAAGCCAAAAAUCUUCUGUGCUGUUUAUUAGCCCAAAAAUUCAGAAAACACUAAAUCCUGUUACAGCUUUGACAAGCUCAUAUGACUGUGACGAAGUACUUGUGAGACUACAAGUAUGGAAGUUUUCAGUAUCUCUUGGAGAGGGAGAGGGUUUAGAGGAAAAGCUAACCUUUUCCAGAGUUGGCUCUUUGAAAUGUUUUAUGUCCCAUAAACAGUAGCACUACCAGUGUAUAGUUAAUAACAGUAUAACAGUGGAAGUGCUUAGAAAGUUAGUUUAAGUUUAUUCAGCUCAUAUACUCUGGCCAUUACCAGACUCAUACGAUAUGAAACACUUGUAGAGUUCCGACAAAGCUCCUGGUCACAACUUACAGCCUUUUAGCAUUUUGCUCUGUACUCUUUAGUCCAUUAACUAGUGCCCCUUUUAAAUAAUUCCUCUUUCCCUCUAUAAUUAGGGAUUAAAUGAGCAGUACAACGGCUAAAAGGAAAUGUAAAAUUGUCUAUAGUUCUGUGCCAGUUUUUGCUACCACUUUGAUGCCAAGGCCUCCUUCUCCCCGAGAGGAAUGCUGACCUGGCCACCAACCGUGUGUUAAUUGCAUUGCUGGCCUUGCUGUUUUUUUUUUUUUUUUCAUUCCAGUACCAAGGCAUCUGAGCUCUGGAAUUUGUAAAGAGCUUAAAAAUGAGCUGGAUUAGACGAAAAAUAAGCUUAAUGUGUUUACCACUUUUACCAUGUGAUGUUGACACAAGCUUGGAAGUCACUGACAUUGGUAUAUAUUUGUCCCACAAGGGAGGAUCCAUCAGCUACUAGAAUACUAAAGGAAGGAGGAGAGAGCGCUUUGUGUGUAGGUGUGUGUGUGUGUGUGUGUGUGUGUGGUGUUGUUGUCAGUACAAGCACACAUGCAUUAACCAUGUGCACUUGCUUAAGAGUCUUUCAACUUGUGAAUAUGUGCAUGAACACGCCUGUUUUUGAGUUGAGAAGCUCAGCUGUCAUCACGAGGCAAAGUGACGGCAGGUCAGCAUCAAAGUAUUGAUGUCUUGAUAAAGUGAACUGCAGACAACCGUAGACUUAAUAUGUAGCCACUUUGUGGUCUGUGUAAAUCCCUUUAUUUACUAUUUAUGUUAAAAUAUUUGAGAAAGUAAUGCUUAGAAUUUUACAGAAUACGGAAUUACAAGAGGCUAUUGUAUGGAUGGAGUCUUACUACAAAAUAUUUUGACCCAAACUUCCUUCAUUAUAUCGUCACACUAUUUCGUAACAGAAUAAGAGUGCAAAAAAGGAGCUAUUGAAGUCAAAUUACAAAGUAACAAGAAUACCCAAUGCUAUUCAACUCGACCAGAACAAAACAGCUACAGGGCCACUGGUAUAUCUUUGAAAAGGAAAUGUGUGUGGCUUUUGAGUCUAACCAGAGGUUGUUUAGCUGCAGUCACAGCCAUUAUUACUGGCCUUGGCCACUGCAGCAAAACUGAUUGAAGUCUGUGGAGAAAGACUUACUGGUACAUGUUUGCAGACAUGAGUGUGACCUUUCAGUAAAAAAAGAAAAUCUUUCUAUCGCACUGCCCAGUACAGUGAUACUGUCUCCCAACACAUGUAUUGUGAAUAGUAUCAUCUCUAACGUGUGCACAUACGGUCAACUGCCUGGAGGAAACCUAUUGUGAUGGACUCGGCUGUCAGAGAGAUAAAGGCUUAAUGACCUGUGCAAGAAACAAGAAGUCAGAGAGAGAAAAAGCAAAGAAGAAAAGGGUGUAACCAGAAAAAGCUGGAGAGACUGAUUGCUGAUGUAUAAAGAUCAGCUCCAUGGGGAGCCUGCCUUUCAGAUAUUAGACUGAGCUCUUUGAUUAGAAGAAAUGAGCCCACUUACUGUAAUUGGAUGCACUGAGCUCACUCUAUCCCACCUCUACUUCUGCUCUCUUUUGGUUUCAUUCACUUCAUUUGCAUUGCUCAUGUAAGCACUCUACCCAUUUACAGAGUAAACUGUUCACCAUAAUGACAGAAGAAAACCAUGAGAAUAAUCUUGUUACAAAGCAGCGUCUGUGUCCAAAAGGAUUAGUGAUUCUUUUGGAUUUAUCCUACACAAACACUAUAGUCUGCAGAGGAAAAAAUGAGGCAUCAAACAAUGAGUAUCACAGUUAAUAAAUUAAAGCCUCCUUUGAAUUUAAGCAUCUGAAAGCUUCUUUCGCUGGAAAGAAAGAAACCUAGAGCAUUUCUGUCUCAUCCAAAUCCUACUAUAUAUAAAAUGAAGUGCAUGCAGUCAUGGCUUAACAAAAAAAGCAGAUCAAAAAUGAUGUUGAUAGCAUUUAUGUUAUCACUCUGUAUUCUUCCUCUGUUUUUCAGUAGAUGAUGCGAUGUUUCAGUGAUUUAACAGCUCAUAGAGGGGUUAUCUUGCCAAUCUGCAGUUCCUAACUCAGUCCACUUGGAGGCACUGUGCAUCCUUAAGACACCACAAUGUGGAUGCGCUCUUUGCCUGCUUGUGUGUCCCGGUGUUUUCUAGCUAUAUAUGGCACUAUCUGCGUUCUUAUACCUCUGUGCAAAAUCAGGAAGUGGGCUACCUGAGCUGAUAAUAACAUCCCCAUGAUGCACCAUACAGCUUGGUACUGUACCAGCUUUAUGAAAUUGGCAGUGUGAAAUGGAGGGUCACUUCUCAAAGUGACUGUUAAUGUUUUCCUAGCCUCAGUGCAAUUUAUCACGCAGAGCAACAAGGCACAAUUUAAAUGGUUUAACUAUUUUAGAGAACUCGAGAUUACUUCUUUUAUUUUGUCAGGCAGCCCACAAGCAAUCAUAAAUUCCCAAAAUAAGGGAAAGAACUUAAAGUGGAAUAGUAGAAAACACCUGUGCAGUAUCUUACAGCCCAAUACAAUACACCCGUGAGACAAAUAAACUCAGCGAAGCGUGUGAUGUUUUAUUUGUGUGCAAAAGGGGAUGGAAUUCAGAGUUUGGCUUAAGUUAGUUGCAGUAUUUUUUGAGCCUCUGUAUUUUGUAUUUUGUAAACUGUAGCCCAUAUAUGUAGUCUCUGCUUCUUUAUGUAUAUAGUCAGUUUUUAGCCCCUGACUCACCAUUAGAUACAGAGAGUAAUCAAAUGUUUGAGACUAAUGCUUGAGAAUAACCAUAGAGUAAAAUUAGUGAAUCACCACAAUCUCAAAUGUAGCAUGUACUGCAGGGUCACUAUACUGUAUUGCAUUACAUUGUCAAAAACAUUAAGCAUCUGGCUCAAUGUUUCCUUCUUUUGGAAACUCAAACUUCAUGGACAAGUAACUUUAGGCAAAAUUAACUCCGUAAAUUUCUGUUUUAUUUCCUUUAGAGCUGGUCUGUUGAUUCCAUUAUGCAUUCAGUUUCUCCUAAAAAAAGUAUUUCCCCCAAAUUAAAAUCCCAUAUCCCUUCGAGCAGCAUGAAACUUUCAUGAAAAAAGCCUGAAUGUUUACCUGUUUCUUCUUAUUAUUCUGUCUUCUUCAUUCCUUCCUCAACAAACAAAAUCCUGGUGGAUCUAUAAUCCUUUGGUUUCUCCCCCUUUGCCUCCCCAAAGCUGCAGAGGUACGACUGCUUCUUAUCCCCGAUUUCUUUGUUUUGCCUCUAAUUUUAGGCUUUUGCGAAGCCAAGUGAAGACAGGUCAAUUCAUUAGUGUUUAAAUGAGUGAGGUGCUUAAGCCCUUUGUCUGCAGAGUGCCUAUCCAUUUAUAGAAUAUGGUGCCAGUGAAGCGGCGAUGCUGCUGCAUUAAUGAGGCUUGUAGCUCUGCUGCUUUUGUUGCUCUUGAUUUUAAACAGACAGCAGCAACACUUUAUGGUAAACAGUGUUUUUGUGCACCAUUUUGUGUGUACAGAACUUUCAUUAGAGAUCAUUACACAGGCAUACAACCCAGAAUUAUUGCUUGUAGAGACCUCAGUCUGAGUCAUUCCUAAAAUUACAGCCUAUUCAUCUCUAAUCAUCAACCAUGACUGCCUUUGAUUUCUACCAUCAGCCUUGACUCUUUCUUUUACUACAGAACAUUACCAUGCUGCCUCUUGGAAGAAAGUUGUUACUCGUUUGGACCUAAUGCGUAGCAUACUUUCCACGGAUGGCCCCUUAUAUGGAAGAUGAAAGAAAUGACAUUAUCAGUUUAAUUGUAGCGUACCGUUGUUUCUAGAUGUAAGGUAAAAAUAGUUCCGUCUCUGAGUUUUCUUGCAUUUUCUAUAAUUAGAGUUUUUUUGGAAACUGUAUCCAUACAAUAUCUUUUUUUUGGUUGGGCAUGAAAGUCCCUGAACAAGUUUUACAAAUGUGCUGGAGGAAGUUUAACAGAAGAGAAGAACAGAAGUUCACAGCUUUUCAUUUUCAGACAGAACAUUGUGAUAGUUUCUAUAUAAAAACUAUGAGUGAGUUGUUAUGAAUGUUACAGAAACAGAGUUUCAGCAGAUACUGUUCCAUAGAGUGGAUCUAUGUAUAUGUAGCUGGAGCCACCUCUGAUAUUUGCAGCACAUUGAAAUUUGAUUUGUAUGAUAUCUUUUUAGCCCUGUAUAUUCAUUCGGUCCGGGUUGCGUUUUGUGUUGAUGCUUUCAGCACCCAGUCUGUCAUUGAGAGCUGAGCUAUUCUUUCUGGAGAUCUGCACUGAUACCAGUUCUUUUCACUUUAGCUAUCAGGCAUUCAACCCCAAUUCCAGUGAAGUUGAGACGUUGUAUAAAACAUGAAUAAAAACAGAAUAUAAUAAUUUGCAAAUCCUUUCAACUUGUAUUCAGUUAAGUAGACUACAAAGACAAGAUGUUUAAUGUUCAAAUAUUCACUCAUUUUGAAUUUGAUGCCCACAAUGUCCAAAAAUGUUGGGACAAGGGCAACAAAAGACAAUUAAGAAAUGCUCCAAAAACACCUGUUUGCAUCACUCCACAGGUGAACAGACUCAUUAAAAACAGAUGAGAGUAACAACUGGUUACUAAAGGAACAUUUCUGAUAGUCUCAGUUGUUCACAAGCAAGGGUGGGGCAAAGUUUAUGAACAACCGCAUGAGCAAAUUGUCCAACAGGUUAAGAACAACGUUUCUCAGCAGACAAUUAUGAGAAAUUUAAGGAUUUCAUCAUCGACAGUCCAUCAAGUAUCAUCAGAAGAUUCAGAGAAUCUUGAGAAAUCUCUGCACUUAAAGCCAAAUACCAAUAUUGAGUACUUGUGACCUUCGACCUCUUAGGGUCGCGCUGCAUUAAACAGGGGCAAGUUCAAACUCUACCAUGCAAAGCCAAAGUUAUAUGUCAGCCACAUCCAAAACCGCUGGCUUCUCUGAGCCUGAGCUCACCUGAGAUGGACUGACACAAAGUGGGUAAGUGUGCUUUGGUCUGACAAGUCCCCAUCUCAAAUUAUUCUUGGAAAUCAUGGUUUGGUGUCCUCCUUUUUAAAGAAGAAAAGGACCAUCCAGAUUGUUAUCAGAACAGAGUUUGCAUGCCAGCAUCUGUGGUGGUAUGGGGAUAUGUUAGUGCCCAUGAAAUGGGUGACUUUCACAUCUGUGAAUCCUGAAUUAAUGCUGAAAGUUACACACAGGUUUUGGAGCAACAUAUGCUGCUAUCGAAGCCAUGUCUUUUUCAGGGAUGUCCCAUUUCAUAAACACAGAGCAAAAUUGUUAUAAAGCUGUAAACUGUCUUGAAAAUUGAGUUUGUGAAGAAACACUGUAAAAAGUUUCAAAAAAUUCCUGUAGGAUACAAUUUCCAAUCAGAUGUGCUAAAUAAAUGAAAAAGAGGCUGAACAAUAACACUGCACACUGUGAUAUUCAGCCACCCAAACUCACUCACUGCUGCCUUUCUACAGACAAAUUUAAUGUCUUGAUCAGAGUUUUCUAUAAGCUUAUCCUCAAGGAAGGAGGGAAAGAAACUGAUGGAACUCCUUGUCCUUUUAUAACUUAAAGAAAGUUGUAGUUUUGAUCUACUGAUUUCAUCUUACAACAGACACUGAUCUGAGCAUUGAAGCCUUGAAGCUAUUUCACUUAAAAAAUGCAAAACUGAAAAUGCUUACUUAUCCUUUUUGGUUAUAUUUCAUGUAAAGUUUUGACAGCCAAAUUGUCAAAUCAUUCCUACACCACAAGAGAAGCUUAAAUAUGAGCAUUUAUGUCCCGCUGUUUUUCUUACCUGUCACUUCUUUCUACAUUUUGCAUGUUCAGCAGUAACUUAAGUCUCGAGUCUGUGUUUAACUUUGUAUAAUCCUAAAUUGACUUAUCAGUUUGGAUACCAGCUUUAUAUUACUGAUAAACCUGUUCUCAAUUCUUAGGGUUAGAGAAGCCAGAAAACCAAAAGACAGAGGGGAUAUGUUGAUCUCACUUCGAAGCACAGGCCUCUGGACUCCUGUGUGGAUGGGCUGUUUUUAUCCCAAGAAAUAUUUUGUUUUGCUUAAGGUUGGAGCUCUUAAUACCAGAGUGUUAUCUGCCUACAUGGCUGUGUAUUGUGUUGUUCUUUUAUCUUCAACUGAAGUUUCAAAAAACAUUCAGCGCUCUCUAACUCCAUUUUUUCUCUUCAGCCUGUUCCCUCCAAAAUGCUGCCGUGUUUCUCCCUGAAUGUGUGCCUAUGCAUAGAAGAAAAAAUCCAACCAAAAUAACCUCUUGGUACAAAUAUCAUUCAUACCCUUCUUUUCCUCUUGUCAAACAUGAAGCAGACAAUAAUUAAACUUUUAUCACUGCCAGGAAAGCUGUAAAAUUGGACUCUAAGCAAUAAAUGUCAUGAAGUCACUUGGUGAAGUGAAGUGUGAACAAAUACAGAAGUAAUGAAACAUGACCCUUUACCAUUAAUUCUUCUCCAACAGGGACGUUCAGUCCUGUCAGCUGAAAAGAUAGGCUGUUAUUGCUUGAGAGGGGUUAUGAUAAAAUAAUUAAGACAGGCUCUUAUCUCUGUUUUUCCUAAACCUUUUAAGUCUAGUCAACAUUUUCUCAAUAAGCUGACCAGCCUUUCAUAUAGGCAGAUGGAGUUUUUCUUUCCUUUGAUGGCUGUGAGGGAGAAACAACUGCAUGCAUUGAGAUUUAGUAACUGUAACAUGGUGUAAUAUUGAGAUGAAUAUAAUGUAAAUCAUCAGAAUACAUCAGUGAUUUUCAAAUAGUUUUUUUACUCCAAGAAAGUCACAUUUACAGAGUGAUUGAUGUGACGUGACAGUGUUAUAAAGGAACAGACAUAAUCUUGUUUUGUUUCCUCCACAUUUCUGGCUUGCUUUAAUAUUGCUUUUGUAUUCCUCUCCAUGCCAAUCCCAGGCUUUGUUGACAGUUUGCAGUAUCCUAUUUUACUGUUGUCAAUACUGAAGCAAACCUCCUCUAAAGCUUACCUAUUCUUUACUGCCAUGAUGCCCAAGCAAAAGUGUAACGAGGGGAAUAAAAGGAGAAUCAAUAUAAAAUAAAUUGCUUUUUAAUUCAAGGUUUUCUGUCAUUUUCCUUUGUAAACCUAUAAUUGGGUGUAACUCUUUAGAUUUCUUGGCUCCUCAAACUCAUACAUUUCUCAAACAAUGAGUGCUUGCAGCAAACACCUAAUUAUCCCUGUAAAAGCCAAUAAGACCAACAAGGCUUUACAGUGGGUGUAGAUUAAGAUUAUCCUACACUGCACACAUCUUAGAAUGGAGCGACAGAAGCUGAAAAUUGACUUUUUGUUGGAAAACGGUCCCAGUUCAAGAGCUGCAAAUGACUCGAGUAAAUGGAUUAUAAUGACAUUCAGGAAUGAUGUUGGACAGAGGACAUAUCCUCCAUCAAAAGCAACACCGAGUCCCAGAAUAUAGAGUUUAAAGAAUUAUACUGUAAAGUAAGGGUGUUAAUGUCUCACUCGAGAUGCAUACACUAUACACUCACACAUGCUCAACAGCAGUAGCAAAGCACUUCUCCCCUAGUUACUAAUACAUUGCUGUGCAUCAGCUAUCUCUUUUUAGGUCUGUAUUUGUCAGAACAUUAAUUUUGAAGGCCCUGACCUUUAGAGAUGAAUUAUGCUGGAAAAAAGGUAUUUUUGAUAACUUGCUGUCUUUUCUGAAAAAAUAGCUCAACAGAAAUUUUGGUCCAACCUAUUUGAAAGGAAAAAAGAAGUUUUGUUUAAUGUGAGACUGAGGAGAAAAGACUGAAUGAAAGAGGAUGUCUGAGAAGAAUAAGCACAGGGAAUCUCAACUUCUCUCUGGCAUUUAUUGAUUUUAAAAUCUCAAACAAGGCUAAGGUUUAUUUUGAAACUCUUGGCUUGAACUGAAAAUAAGAUGCCUGCUUUGCUGUUUUGGUGGAUUAUGUGCCAUGUUUCUGAUUUACAUUCAACCCAUGAACAGUCAAUUUCUACCAAAGAUUUCAAAAAGUUUCUCACAGAGAAAGCAGUGUGCAAGAAUUGAGGUUAUUCUGUAAUGAGCUGUUUUUUCUCUUCUCAAGUCUGUUGUGCCGACACCAGGAUCAUUCAAGGGCAAACUGACAGAGUGAGAAAAGUUCAGCCUCAAAACUUUUCAGUGAUUCAAAGGUGCUAAUCAGUGUCUGAUCCAUCUGUGUUUGUUGGAUUAUUCAGCUGAUGCCACACAAGGAGCAGAGUGUGUGCCAUGAAAUAGACCUUAUCUUUACUGCUCCAAUUCCUGAUGCUGCUUUUGCUGCAGGGUUUGGAUUGAUGUAGUACCCCUGAGUGUCUUCGAUGAAUCAAAAUGUUCACGCCAUCUAACAAAUUCAUCCACCACCACUGGUCAAAUCAUUAUCUUCUCAGCAAGAACAAGUACAGCAGCUUAUCUUACAUUCACUUCACAAACACAUCUGAUGUGGUUUUGAGGAUUCCUUAAUAAGCAAAUAGUGACUGCACUUGUGUUUUAAACAUCUUUUAUAUUCAGCUUUGAAUAAAUUAGAAUGUAAAGUAGGGGUGGGAAUCACUCAUGGCCCCACGAUAUGAUAUUAUCAAGAUACUUUGGCCACAAUACGAUAUUAUUGAGAUUUUUAACAUUUUGCAAUACAGUGAGUAUUGCGAUACAAUAUAUUGUGAUUUAUACAAUUUUUUCAACUGUUUAGCUAAUUUAGCGUUUGGCUUUCCUUUAUGUUUGUCUUAUUUACGCUGUAUUUUAUUUUCAUGUCACACAUCUUGCAAAACGUACAUAUAUUUGUCACACUAACGUUCUCCUGCUCUAUGAUGUCACCUCUGCCAACCUCACUGGACAAACAGUCGAUUUUAUUUUCCAUUAUUAUAGAUUUGACUUCAAAUAAGCAAUUAAUGAAAAAAAUUUAUAUUUGGUAAAUGAGACGAUACAAUAUAUCACCAGACAAAAUAUCGUGAUACUGUGUUGUAUCGAUUUUUUGUCCCACCUCUAAUGUAAAGUGUGAGAAUGGUUUGUGUUGGUAAGGUAUCUAAUUGCAUCACAAGCAAUAAUAUACUACCCUAGUAACCAUGCUAACAAUAAGAAUAAGAAUAAGAAGAACUUUAUUAAUCCCUGAAGGGAAAUUCAAUUAAGUUAUUCUUAUUCUUAUUCUUAGCAUGGUAACUAGGGUAGUAUAUUCUUGCUUGUGAGCCUGCAAUUAGAUACCUUACCAACAGUAAGGGGUGCGGGAUUUGAACUUUGUGACUAAGUCCGUUACCGUAUUAUAUAGUAUCGCAUUGUAUCGCAUUGUAUCGCAUUGUAUCGUAUUGUAUCGUAUCGUAUCGUGUUGUGGCGUAUCAAAUCGUAUUGUAUUGUAUUGUAUGGUUUUGUAUGGUAUCGUGUCGUAUCUUAUUGUGUCGUUUCGUGUCGUAUUGGGUCGUAUUGUAUUGUAAGGAUUUGUCUGGUAUCGUAUCCUAAUCAAAACAUAUUGUAACAAAUUGUAUUGAGCUAUAUCGUAUUGCAUUGUAUCCAAUUCUAUCAUAUCAUGAUGUCUGUUAUUGUAACAUUCAGAAGUUUUCUUGACAUAACAGUUUCUUUCAUAAGAUUUUUUAUAAUCUAUUUUCAGCUGUUUUUUAAAACGUCAAAUAUGAUUGUGUGAGUGUGAAGAUUUGAGAACCACAAUGGACAUACACACAUCUAAUCCACCACUUACAGUUGCACACACUCAAACUGAGCCGUUGACUCCUCUGCUGAGAGAUUAUCCAGAAUUAGGCGCUCCAAGCUGUUGUGUCCUGCCAGUGUGAAAUGUAAUUUUCAGAAGAGCUACACACUGUAACAAAAAGAAUCAAUCAAAACCGGGACAGAGACAGAAAGUUAGUGGUGAACAUAACUUUGAUUUAGACAAAAAAAAAAGACUAAAUAUAAUGAAGCUUCAGUGGGUUGGAUGAAUACCAUGUAACUGAGACACCAUAGGGACGAGGCAGAACUAGGAGAAUAAAAGCUGACUAUAGCUCAGGUGGACUAUUGUUUUGGUGACUAAAUCGCUGAGCUACUGAACCAAAGUCUACGUCUAUCGUGUAUGCAGGGGGGGUUAAAAUCCGAAAUACAUUUGAAGAAGAGUAGUCACAAAGAAAGAAGGAUGAGGCUUUAAAUUUAUCACAGGAAAUUUCCAACAUAUAUGGUCCCUUUAGUUGGCAUCUGAACGUUCGUAGAAAAAGAUCCCCUGAAAUCUCAGCAUUCAUUGUCAAACUCCUGGUCACAUUACAGUGAUUGACAUCACCAUUAUAUUUGAUUUUCUUACUGAAGUGAUGUUGUAGGCAAAACGUGAUCAUGUAGAUAAAGUAGGUGCCAAGUUUACAUAUGAUUUCAACUUCAACUCCAACAGCUCUCUACACCAGCCUUUCACAGGCUAAUAUGCAGGAGACAUGAAGAGCCUUUUAGAGUUUUUAUUUUUUCUCCACACACACAGCUAAGUGUAUGAUUUUGUACUGAGUUGUAAGAUUCCUUUUUGUUCACAUCGGUUCACUGGCUGGUCAUGUAUAGUGAGGACACUAAUGGAGGACUUGCAGCAGCUGCCAUUAGGCUGCUUAUAUGAUGUGUUUGGUUUACUGAAUAGAGGCUGCAAGUCUUUUAGACACACUUACAGGUGAGCCAUCAAGAGAUGAAAAGUUCCAGGCAUAAAGUGUCUGCAGACAAGAAAUGGGCAUCAUAUCUAGGGUUCAGAUUUUCAUUGCCAGUGUGUUUUUGUAAUUUUGUCAAGGCAUAGAGCAGACUAUUCUUGAAUAAAGCAGAGCACAUCUCUCCAUACAAGAGAGCACUCUGCUUAAAGUAAUAUUCUUAAAAACAAAUCUUCAAUUAUUUUUCUCACCUUAUCUAUUAAAAGAUUUACAAGGUUAGAGAGAAACGAGCAACAGGUUGUGGGAGUGAAGCUUGAUUAGAAAACUAGCGGAAUGAAACUGAUGAGACAGGUUAAUACGCACAAACAACAAAGAUUCCUCCCACACACUGGUUUGGAGAAUUUAGAAGCAUACAGGAGUUUUUUUGGUUUGUUUAUUUUAUUUCAUUUCUUUAAUUAUUUCUUCUGUCUAAAGCCUGAAACUCUGAGCAGCAGUCAGUAAUUUUGCAUUAUUUCAGCACUUCUUUCGAUGAAAUACUUAUGUUUGUGCCUUUUUGUCAAAACCCUGUCAAUUUGGUCUCCUGAAGCAUCAAAUCGCCUUGGAAAACAAAGCUUUGAACUAUUGAUUCAUUCCUGAGCUUUUUUGGUGUGCUUUGAAUUAACGGUAGCAGUCAGACUAACAGUAUAUUUUGGAGUUGUUGUGAUAAUGUUUUUUAUUUUAUUAUUUUUUGAGUAAAGUUCCAAACAAAAAAGUAGUUUCCUAGAAACCUUUCCAUGGUAUAAUGUAUGGAAAAUUCUGCUGCUUGAGUUGCUGAAGGUAAAACAAUAUAAUAAUAAAGGUAACAUGGUUUUGCUUGAUCAAUAAUUAACAAAUAACUAACAAAAGUUGAAGAAACAGAAAUAAUUUUAUUAAAAGUGUAGCUAAUUAAAAAGGUCUGAAAUGCUCAAAACUGACUUCAACAGUUCUUGACAAAGGGAAAUUAUACGGUGUGGUUAUUUCACUCUGCAUUAGAAUGGAUUAUUUCCGCUGUUCUAUCCAGCUCCAGUGUGUAAUAGUGUCUUUAACUCAAACAGGCUCUGUUGGAAAACAUGUCUAAAGCCAGUCUAAUAGAGGGAUCCUGAAAUAUGCCAAAACAACUCACAACAGGAGUAUGGGACCAUGCAUUUGCACUUAAUUGGAGGGAAGGGAUUUAUGUUUGUGUACACAAUAUGACAAAAUAUCCUUUCAAGGCUUUAUUAGGCAGUAUUGGUGUAUUUUGUGCUUUUGUGCAUUGUGUGCUCGUUUUGUUUCUGAACCUAUUCAUAGUUUUAUGUAUUUGGCCCCUGAGGUCCAGAUAUUUCACUCCCAGCAGUUGGUCUAACAGCGAAAAACGCUUUCUCCCCGAGGCGAAAUGAUAAAAUGACUCUAAUGCACUCCUAAUGUUUCUAUAAUGUGCCUGUUAUGUUAUCUAAUGCCUUACAAUGAAGUCAGCUUUACCUGUGAUUAUUUUUGUGGUUUUCAGGAUAUCCUGAACAACCUGGACCCCCAGGGGAACGGAGAAUUGGACGACGAUGACCUCAUGCUGGAUGUGGACCUCCCUGAGGAUGGACUGCAUGGUCAGCACACACAUACACACAUAGACACAUGCACACACUCUCUACAUUAAAUGCACUGCACUUGCCUUACUCCUGAUUUGAAUUUAUAAGGUUAUUCCAUGGCCAUGACAAAUGCUUCAGUUUCAUUGGCUGGGGGCUGUCCAUUAUAUUCCUAUAAGCAGAAACCACCGGAAACUGUCCUGAUCAUAAUUGUAAAUUAAUGUGUUACUAGGGUCCACGCAUACUAUUUCCAGCAAAAUCCUUUUAUGGCAUAUAAUGACCUGAAUAAAUUGAAUCCUUUCUUGCCUUGGGGUGAGGAUUUUUUCCUCUGCAACAUCCAUUAAAUGCUUUUAAUGGACAACAAUGUGUCCAUUAUUUGCUGUUAUUUUUUAAUAUUUGGUUGCUGAAGAGAUAUUAAAUUACAGCGCUGACACUGCCGCACAAACUGACCCUGAAUGACAGCUCGACAGCUGACUCAGGGCGGCAUUAAGCCAGCUGUCCAACUCUGUUUAAAUGAGCAGAUGCGCACACACCAGCAACAGGAGUACAGUUUAUGUUUGACUGUCUUGACAGCAGUGAUAUCAUGUUUGUUCAAUAGCUUUUCUAUACAUUAUACCGCCCACUCUGAUCUUGACAUCAUACCUGUUAAAGCAUCAUGAGUUUUCUAUGUCAUCUUUUCGCCUUUUCUGUCUGCAAUCAAUUACCAAUCUGUAAAAUAGCUUCUUUGUAGUUACAGGUAAUCAAGCCACAUGAGUUCUACAUAAUAAUAGUGUUGAGAAGGUCAUUAUGGAUUCAUCAGAUAGUGUGUAUCACUGAUGUAAGAGGAGGAGGAGACAGAUGCAGAGAAAGAGGAGGUUAUGAAUGUUGACCUCACCUGUCAUGGAACAUAAUGAAUUCCAGGAAGUGAUUUUUUCUGUUGUCAGUCAGAAAGGCAGCUCUGUGAAUGUAAUAGUCAUGGCUAAUGUGUUUGAGGUGAUGUGUGAAGACUCUUACCCUGACAGGCUUGGGAAGAUGAAACAAACACUAAUGCAUUAUGCACUGGGCCCAUUUGCCUCUGUGUGCACAUGUAGACACACGUAAUAAGUUUCACUUUGCAAAGCAGUCUAAUGCAACAUCCCUGCAGUUAAAAUCCCUAAUUUACGGUGGCCAUAAUGUUCAGUUAUCAUGGAGAGGAUUUUAGAGAGGUGUUGAUUUAACUUUAUGGUCAUUUUGUGGGCUUGUCUGCUAUGUCAAUCUGUCUCACUCUGAGAUGUUUUUAAUAUUCAGUCAACCCUGAUUGAUAUAAACUACAGCUGCCAAAAGGACCAUUAAGUUAAAUCAACACUCAAAAAUUGAGCAUAACAACCUUUAUUAGAGUAGAAUUUACUCCCGGCCUGUUGCUUAGGCAGCAUUAGUUUUCGCUGGGUCUGGGUAAUAAACUUUCAGGUGGGUAUACAUUAGUGAGGCAGGUUUACUCCUCUGAUGUAAUUCUUCAGUGUGUAAACAUUGAUCUCCUUGUUUCUGAGAGGAGGAGACAGAGAUAUUGAGAGAAAGAGAGAGAGUAAGUGAGAGAGGCAGAGGGGUAGAGCUAUGUUCACAGCAGAGGAAUGUGAAUCAGAGUCUCGUCCCUUCCUACUCCUUUUUUGGGAAGCGGCCAUAUUUUUAGCUCUCUAUGUCAUGGCUGGAGUAAGUGUCACAAGGAGCACAGUGAAAGGAGGACACAACAGAGUGUCCAGUUAGACCCGGCCCACAGGGCAGGCCUUAGGACAUGGGGAUACGGAAGGGUGUUUCCCUCCUUCCUAAGACACCCUGACGCUGCCACAAAGCAGGAAGAAAGUGGAGAAGAAGAGUGAAAUUUUAAAACAGGGGGGCGUAGAAGGGGCCUCAUGUUACAUUUUCAACCAGUUGUCAGGCCCCGUGACGGGAAAGAGGCCCCAGUUUUUCUCCCAUGCCUGCCUCAGCUGGUGACUCUUUAGCUUGGAAACAAACCAGCCACCUCAGCUGCUCUCCCACCACAGUCAUCUCUCCCCUGUUCCAGUUCCUAGGGAGUAUCCACAAAAACAAGGCUGUCAACAAAGACAGACUCAGGCAGUGUUGGAGCAGGGAGCUCACUCUGGCCCUUUAAACUCCUCACCAACCCACUUGCCGAGGGAUCAUUUCUCUCUCCUCUCCGUCUGUGCUUCUCUACCUUUAUGGAUGUACUUUUUUCAAGUUGGAAUGUUACUUUUUGGAGGACUUUGCUGAAGGUGAAAGGCAUUAUUGGAAACACUCAAGUUUCUUGGAAUGUAACAGUUCAGCUCCUGUGCCAUAUGUUGACACUCAGGGUAAAGUAUUUGAACCUCUUCACACAUGCCCAGGAUUGAGUCUCUUCUUUUCCUUCUUUAUCUCUCUUUUAUUUCCUCCUUUCCUCCCUUUUUUUUCCUCAUCCCAAAGCUUGUCUGGUGUAUAAAAGUCAAGGGUCCUUUUGAUUUCCGGAAGGGUCGCGCUCUGUUAGUUGUCAAUUCUGUUGCCGUCCUGGUUCAUUUCACAGCUAUAUGCUAUUGAGUGUCGGGAAAUACUCUGUCCUUUUACCUCCUUGAAAAUGAAAUGGCCCGUCACUGUGUGUGAGCCUGUGUUUGCAUUUAAAGGGUGCAGAAGUUGAAAGAAAUAGGGAAUGAGAUAUAUCAGAUCAUGAUUUGUAUGCAGAUACUCCAGAUGUGUUUGGGAUAUACACAGCAGUAUUCAUUACCUCAAGAUAUGAAAAAUUGAUUCAUGAUCUUUUUUUCUUUUUUUCUGUGAACCUUAGAGUGUUGGCAGAAGGCAGGCAGAGAAAAAUAGAGAAAAACAAAUUGUAACCUUUGGAAAAUGCUGUUCAUCUUCACAAGCAUGCACUCUGUUUUUCUUUUUUUCCAUAAGAAAUACGAGUGGGGUUUUAUUCUCUAUACUACCUAUAUGGCACAUCACAAAGACAGGCUUUACAAAAUCAGGAUAGAAAUCAGUGUGUUCAGGCUCUCUUAUGCCCGUCCUCUUUGUUUCAGACAUGCACUUUAGUUUUCUCACUGUGUAAUCCUCUUUCUGUAGACCCUGACAGGAUGUCCCACAGUGAGCGCUCAGAGAGAGCCACUCGGCAGGGACAGCGAAGGAAACACCACCGAUGGAGUGGACCAGAACACUUCCACAAUGACAGCAGGUUAGUUUGGCUUUAAAGAUAAAAAAUGAUGCCGGAAAAGGAGCAAGAAACUUCGAAAGUAAAAACACAAUAAAGUGAACAUCACUCUAUUCACCCUCUGUAACUAUUUCUCUCCUUGGCUAUUUGUCUCUGUCUCAGGGCCAAUGUCUUUCAGCAAUAUGAUGGUCUCAAGUCUUCAAGAAUUUCUUCAAAAUCGCUUCCCUCUGAGGACAGGCAACAAAGCUACGUGUCGGCACUGGAUGAAAUCACACUCAGACAUAUGAGUCAGGACUGCAGCUCCCUGAAGAACCAGCUGCUCAGGCUCAGAACAUUACUGCAGGUUUGGCCAGCAUCACAUCUCAAUGCAUCUGUAUACAAAACCGUGUACGCUACUAGUUUGUGUAGUACUGAUCUGCUGCUAUGAUAGUACAAAAAGCACAUUCUAAGUAGACAAAAAUCCUUACAUUUUUAGGUUAUUAUACAAUAGUUCGAACACUUACAUGUUACAUUCACUAAACUUGUUCUGCCUAAUGAUGCUAAAUUCUCCACACAAUAUCUUAAAUAGAUCUUUCACUGUCAGUCUGAAGAAUAAGCUGGAUAGAAAAGACGUCAGCUGUAGAAAUGUAUGGUUAAAUGCACAAAACUCACAGUCAUUCAAAGCACACAACCCAAUCUAGGAAAUUGUUUAAAUGCACAGUGUAAGCACUUCACACUACGUGCUCUGCAAUAUGAAAUUAUCUUGAAUGCCUUGACCAAGUUUACCCUCAAUAGCGUAAAAAGGAAAAUGUUCUCUUGCAUUUGAAUCAAAUCUCUUUCAGAUGUAGUCAUUCACUCACUGUAAUUAGCCAAACACUUUGGCAGAGCCUCGGGUGGGAAAAUAAUUCUGAUCGCCCAUAUGUAACCUCGUUCUUUAUUGUGUACAGUAUGUGUGUCUUUUGUAUUAUAUCAAGCUCGAGGUAGUGUUUGUAAAAAUGAGCUUCGAGCCUUGCACAAUCCAGAUUAAUCUUUAUUUUUUGUGUGGUCAGACAUUCAAGACAAUUCUAUAUACGCACGCUGUUUCCAACUUUUGUUAUCUACCUGAGUUGAAUUGAGAGCAGGAGUUUGGAGAUGUUUCAGACACAUUUAUAUAUUACAUUCUUUAGAUUAUUCCAGACAUUAUCACACACAUUUCAAUGCUUGAUUUAUGAAUGUAGCAAGUGUGAUUUAUUCAGUCUGUUUUUAUUGCAUUCUCUGUAUGCACAAGGUGAAAUCUGGACCUGCUUUGGGGAAAGACACAGGCGCUGCCCUUAAUUAUAAAUCUGAAAGGAUGUACUUGAGGAAGUAAAUAUAUUUGAUGUUUAUGAAUAUGCUCAGUGGCUCUACCUUGGGUCUCGAAAACUAGCAGCCUGCAGUUCAUGGUCAGCAGUGUCAGCGUGCUAAAGAGCAAACCUUUUCCAUCCUUGUGAAAUUUUGCUCUUCAGUUUUGCCCGGGGCAUUUGUCAUUGAUUCAGCUCUCAAUGUUCUCUGUGACUGUGUGUAUGCCUGCUCCCCUGUGCAUGUGUUUUUGUGUGUGUGUGUGUGUGUUUGAUUGCCUCUAGCUCGAGGAUACUGACUCUCCUGCUGAAGCUCCCGAGGACAUUGAAGACAAUACCACUGCAACACAAGUAGGAACUUUUGCCCUAGCUUUACAGUGAUGAUUGAUUGGUUAUGUGUAUGAUAGUCCACUACAACUUACUCUACACUUAUUCUUGUGUGUGUUCUCAGUUGGGGGAGCUGAUUAAGGAAGUACAGGUGCUCAGAGAGGAGCUGAGAAGUCGGGACAAGACCAUUGCUCAGCUCUCGCUGCAGUGCCAACAACUACAACAACAGCAGCGGGAACAAACGGUCAGUAUGUGUAAACAGGAUUGAUACACAAAAACCUUUGAGACAGUACUUUGUAUUAUAUUCUAGGGAUGUAUGGGUACAGUAUUAUCAUUCAGCUUGUAUGGUUUAGAUUGCUAAAAUAAGGAAACUUCUGCAGGUGCUGGAUCAAAAUCAAAUAAACAAGGGGAAGGGAAGAGAGAUCUGCUCACUGCAACGAUAGCUCUCAGCUCACUGAAGCAGCCAGCAAAUUUUAUCGUAGUCAUUUAAAUUUCAUAAUGACAGGUCAAGGUCUCUGAUUGAGCAAAACAUUGUGGUGUUAAAUUAAAUUUGUGGAAAGAUAUCAUUACAGCGUGCGGAUCGUUUGUCUGGUUCUGACUCUGUUACGUGCCUUCAUUGAGGAACAGCCUAUUCAUUUUUUGCUGUUGGUGUCUCUUGUUUGGUGUUUUGAAAGGUCAAAGUUGAGUAAGUUAGAUGAUAAUAAUUAAUUGAUGACGUUAGUCACAGGGAGGGUCAUGGCUGUAGAGUGUGGAUUCUUUUAGAAUCACAAAUUUACCUGAAAGAAGAAGCACACCCAGUGAGUACUGUUUGCACAAUCUAGAUAGAAAAGAACAACGAGUUAGUUCGAUAAUAGGGAAGUAGAACGACAAUACUAGACUUGUCUCAUAUUAAAAAAAAAAAAAAACUGUUAUUAUUAAAUUUUGAUCAGACCAGACAUAGAAAAGGACAGAAAUGCACAAGUUUCGAGUUACCUUGAAAGAAUUGAUGUAGGACUUUCAAUAACAAGGUUCUGUGUCGUGAAGAUAGCAGCCUUCUCUUUAUGUUGAGAAGAUAAGGUUGAAAAUAUGGUACACGUUUUUAGAGACACUGAACUUAAAGUAUUGAACCUAUGAAAGAAGUCAUAGAUAUGAUGGAGAGAUUCAUAUGUAACAUAAAGUGGAGCAUUGAGGCUUAUACACUCCUUAAAGGGAUAUUCUGGCGUGAGUUUAAGUUAUGGUCAAACACACCAUUACACCAAGUUAGACACCCCCCUCUAGAGAUAAAUGUUGCCAACUGCUAGCUUCUCUGGUCAUAAUAACUUCAGCAACGGCGCAACAGCGAUACACAGCAGUCUACGUCUUAACACACAAACCUCAACCAAAACGCCACUCUGUAGCCACAAAUAAUGCUCAGAACAGCACCUAACUCCAUCAACAGUACAUAUAUGAUCCCAGCCACAGCACUAGCCACCAAACAUCUUUCUAGCUUUGCCUAAUUUCUUUAGCAAUGAGACUAAACACAACUCACCUACUCUCCUCCAGCAGCUGCUUGUUUGUGGAGUCGAUCACUGAGUGCAGUGGAUCAUUUCCAUGAAAUAAUUAUCAUCAUAAUGAUCAUUUUGCACUGCAGACGCAGUAGUUCUUCUGCCUUACCACCUCGGUCUGAUUGCAUUUCCGUUAAGUAAUAAUCAUAAAUGUUCGUCUUUGAGCUGCGAAACUCCACUAAGACGUAGACUGCUGUGGAUUGCUAUUGUGUGGUCAUUACUAAAGUUGGUAUAACUAGAUCUUAUAGAUACUUGUUAGGGGAUACAUUUGGAUUUUAACUUUUGCUUGAAAAGAUUCUAGGUUGAUCAGAUCUAAUGAAGAAAAAGCAUAAAAAGAUGGAAAAAAAUUAACAAAAUAAAUUAUUUUUAUUCAUGCAAUGACCUGGUGCAUCACAGCCAAAUAAAGACUGAUAAAAAAGCAGCAUGUAAAAGGCAAGUUCUACCAUGCUCAGCUACCUCUUGGUCAGUGAAGACAUGCUGGAGUCCCCUUCCUCUUAAGAGUGGGAGUCGAGUUUGUACUCUGCUGCUAAGACUGCCUACUAGUAACCUUCCGUUCUGUAUGCUUUAAGCUGGCUCCAUCUCCACUCUAACAUUCAUUAGUGUCUCAACAUAGCUCCCUUGUUAGCCAAACAACUGUGUGCUUCUCUGACAUUAUUCAAAUCCUCGCCGUAUUGAGAAAUACCAAAAUGUCAAAGGGAGGCUCGUCCGCCAGCCUCCCUUCCGCAUAAUGUCUCUCCAAUUAGAAUUAGCACCCACCCACCCACCCACAGGAGGUUCUUCAGUCCUGCAAUAUAAUGUUGCACCUUCGCCCUUGACAAGCAUAAGGAGUCAAAAAAGAGCUCAGACAUGUUUUCAGAUCUGUGCCUGACAUUAAUAAGAGUGGAGACUUACAGAGGGAAGAUGUUGUGGGACAUAGAAAAAAGAUAAGACAGUAACUGAGAUUUUCACUCCACCGGCUGUGUUACAGCUCUACGUGGGCACCACGAGUUAGGUUAGAGGAAUGCAGAGGAUGGUUGGUGUUCCCAUGGCCUCUAAUGUCCCUGCAGCACAGAUCUGCAUAACAAUGAGGCCCCUCAAAAAAAAAACAUAGACACUUAGUUUUACUGCAAGAAAAAUACAUUUAAAACACUGCCAGUGAUCAGUUUCAUUUGAUAUCUGACAUUGGGAAAGUACAGUUUGUACUGGGAGUCAGUAAGACGUUGAUACUACAGUUGGUUAAGGGCAGUGGUUCUCAAUCCAGUCCUCAAGCCCCUCCUGUCUUGCAUGUUUGGAUGUUUCCCUGCUCCAACACACCUGAUUCAAAUAAUCAGCUCGUUAUUAAGCCAUUACAGAGCUUGAUAACGAGCUGAUCAUUUGAAUCAGGUGUGUUGGAGCAGGGAAACAUCCAAAACAUGCAGGACAGUGGGCCUCGAGGACUGGGGCAGGUAAUAGAAGAAAGGGAAGUGUAAUAGAAACAAUGCUGAGAUACAGAAGUGUGUGUGUGUGUGUUAGGGGGAGCUUGACUGAGCUGAACAUAAUGGAAUAAUGACAAAACAAUACACAAACUGAGUGUGUGGUGGUGAAAGAGUCCAAGCUUUAGGCGGUCUGUGUUUGUGUUUAGGGCUGCAGGGAGAGACCGGGAAAGAAAAUGAAGUAAUGGAAGAGAAAAAUAGAGGAGCUAUCAAAAAGAGAAAACUGAUUUCUCCAUCUUCUUUGACAGAAUGCAGUUUGGGAUGCUGCUUCCACCGCUGUCAAGGCAGACUGCUCAUGAUUAUGCGCUCUGCUUGUUUGAGCUUUAUUGAAGUUUUCGCCAAGGCUGGCAAAAAGAACCAAUUUCUGUCAGAUUCUGCCUCUGUCCUGGCAGCCAAGUACAAGUUGCUCUGCUAUAAGAGAGAAUGUGUAGGAGAUUUAGCUCUGAAUACUUGAGAAAAGGCGCAUCAUUAGCUGCUCUGACAUUCUAGCUCAAUAUUAGAUUGUGUCAAUAGUUUUAGAAAGGCUAAUAAGUUGAAGCAGUAGUCAGUCAAAGUUGAUUUAGAUGAAAAAGGUGGAAAUGCAGGUUCAACAUUUGCUCAGAGUAAAUGCCAGCUAGUUUAAUUUACCGCUGAAUCUUUAAAAUCCCAUGUAAAGGUUCUUUUAAUCAAUUUUUGCCUGGCUGGAUUUUCUCAAAAGUCAUGCCCAUUAUUUCAUUUUAGAACUCGGAGGAUACUCUGCUGUGUUUUCUACCCAUUCAAUCCCACACAGUGAAGCUAUCAGAAAGGAUUCAUUCAGGGUGAUAAGCUCAGUAUGAAAGUUAAACAGCUCAAUAAAGUCUCCCUCUUCCAUUCAUUGUUUUCCUCUCAGCCUGCUCAAGGUCGACAGUUCAGGUGUCAGUGCCACCACCAGAGGGCUCCCUCUUCACUGCGGCAGAGCGACAGACAGUCGGACAAACGCUAUCACUAUGACAAGGCCACCCAGACUUACUGGAGACCGCCAGGCCAUACCGUGAGUCCAAUAAUGCACAACACCAAAUACAACAUCCCUGACCUCUGUUUUCAACUUUUGUUUCACCUGAAAGGGUUCCUCAAAUAUGAGGUUUGUGAGGCAUAAAAUGUUUGUUUUUCACUGUAAGUCUAUAAUCAGGAAGAAAUUAUGUUAAUUCACAGUUGUGACUGUGCAAGUGACGUUUUUUGCUGACUCAUUUUACAUAAUUUAGCCAUACACUUUUCCAUUAUUCUUCUGCUUCUCUCUGGCCUGUUCUAAGACUGCAUCAUGUCCUUUCUUUGGAAUACAGUGUACGAGGUUGUCAGUAAGCUUGUCUCACAGUUAAUACCGACAUCAAACUCUACGGGGGUAGGUGCUGGAGUGGCAUAGAAAGAAGAGAUGUACAAAAGAUAUGUAGGAGGAAAAGAGAGAGGGAGGGACAAAGAGGAAGUAGACAGUGAGACGCAGGGAUAGAAAAGGUGGGAGAUGGGUGGAUUUGUGUUCAGUGUGUACAGUAUCAUGCUAUAAUAGCAUGCUGUGUGGCAGCCAAGUAUUGAUUCAAUAGCAGGAGUGCCACAGGCAGGGUGCCUAGUAAACACUCCCCUAAUUGACCUGCUCUCAGCUCCAAACAGUCACACACUCACAAAGAGGUAGACGGAAGCUCUGUGAGGAGAUUACAGAGAGAAAUGAUAAAAAUACACUUUUAAACCUUUGGGAUGUGUGGUAUUAUCCAUUUAGCCAUAAUAAUAAUUAUUUAAGAUAAUGUUUGGCACACAGGAUUUCACAAGUGCACUGAAAAGGUGUUGGUCAAAAGCAUAUUUAAAUGCUGCAUGUAAUGCCACAGAGAAAAAGAUAACAAAUGGAAAAGCAGGCAUCCUUACUACAGCAAGUCCCUGCUUACCAAAAGACCAUAUGGUUUAACAGUUGCUAUGGCAACCAUCAAAGCAAGGCUAGCUGUGCUCGGUGGGAAUCAUCUCCAUGAAGGGUACAUCUACCUGUGACCCAUUGUACCUGGUGUGUAAUAACACACUAAACCAUAAAAAAGCAUUAAUACUGCGUUUGCAAGCUUUUUGUGUUUUUUUUUCUAUAUUUUUAUUUCCUUUCCUCUUUUAUAUUAUUACUUUUCUUAGCCCCAUCCUGAUUCCUCCCAUCCUUUUCUGUUCCAUCACCAGAGUAGAGGCUAUUUCCUGCACUCUGUUCUGCAGCUUUGUGAGCACUAACACAUUAUGUUAGCUACCUUUUACUUUGCAGGGCAUGUAGUUGCUCUGCUGUGGGUUUCUUUGUUUUUGGUUUUUGACAAGCCAACAAGAGAAGAGAGCAGCAGGUAAACAAAUAACAAAAAGAAGAGCUGUUUUUUUUCUCUGUUUUUCUUACUCUUAGAUGCUAUCAAAGCUGUUGGUGUCGCUCUGACAGGUUUAGCACCUACAGCAAGCUCAAGUUCACAGUGUUUCUCAUUCAAUGCUGCACUACAAUCUUUCACAGGUUUUCCUUUUUAAAGCUUCCUUUCCAGUGAUGCUCUCUCUAACCUUUGCCAUUUUAUGCACAAAUAUUACCUUUUUUUUGUGGCUCACACAUUCCCCAAGUCUGACUGUUUUCAUCUAACUUUUCGAUACUUCUUUUCUAACACACUCAAACACAGACACUCAAAUUUAUAAUCUGGCGUCAUCUUUAUAGUUUCCUUCCUUCUCGCUCUCUGAAAUACCCUUUUCUGUUGAUUUUCCUCUCCUCUGACAUUUAAAGUGCCGCUGUAUCAGUGUUGGAGUACCUCUUGCCCUCUGAUAGUAUUUUCGUGCGCUUAGCUGAAAGGAUCAGCCAAGAAUAAUUUUGAUGUCAGAGGCCAUAAACUGUAAUCUUUUUUUAAGCUCUAAUUCUGCUAUCUUGUUUCCUUAUCAGUAGCCCAGAGGGUAAACUUUUAACACUAACACAUGGAGGUCUAGAGGUGAGUUCCUGACUGAGUCCUGCCAACAACUUGGGCUUGAACUUUAGACUACUGGGGUGGGGAAUUUUCUGUUCUGUAAACUCAGAUUACGAGGAUAGAAAGGAGCAAGCUUGUAGCCUUUGAUCUUUGGACAUUCAAGAAAAUGUAGUCACUGUUAUGCAGUUUGAAAUUCAUGAGGUUAGUAUAUUAAGCCAUCUACUCCUUUUUAAUUUGUAGUUGAAGGAUAAAAACAUUGUGGGCUAUCACUCUAUAGGCUGCACUUACAAAUUCUCUGUGGAGACCAGGGUUGUACUUAUCUCCUACAGUCUUCACAGUCUGUAGGAAGACUUUGGCAACAUACCCCAACCAACUGCUUUGGGCACCAGCUUCUACAGCUUUUCCAUUUUAAUCUGCUUCCAAUUCAAUUUGAGUCCCGAGCAUGCUUAGAAAUGAAAACCUUGUGAUGUUGUUUAUGUCUGCCAAUGCACAAGACGAAAAACACAUACUGUAUGUAGGGCACACUUGUUGCAGCAAGAUGCAUAGAUGAUGUGACAGGAGAAAAAACUUACAUUUCACUUGUAGAAAAAAUAUUCUUUUUGAAUAGAUCCCCUGAGCAAUCACAGCAGCAGGAAUGUUUUCUUUGCUUCUUCGUCCUUUCACAACAAAUAACUAUGAGCUGCACAAUUUAAGUCAUUUCGGAUGUAGAAACAGAAAACUACACAGCAUUUGUGCGCAUGUUUUUGUUUUGUGUUUGUGUGUGGGAGCCCCACAUUGUGUGUGAGUGGGAUGUGCCACACGUAUCUUUUGUACUGAAGUGCAGGGCACACUCAGCGUGACAGAACAAUGAGUUCAGCAGACUGAGGACUGGGGAGCCGACCUUCUUAAUAACCCAGAUAAACAAACAAAAACAGAUGAGCUGCAGCGGUGCAACAAUGGCAACACAAUAGGCAGUGUUUCAUCAGUGGCAGACAGAGACGAUAAUUACAGCUCCCCUCCUACUCCCUCUUUGCUUCUUAAACAUCCUCUCUUUCUCCUCUUCUCACUCCUUCUCUCUCCCUGUCUUUUAUCACUCAUGCUCUCACAAUCAGCUAUUUUUCUUCUCUUCUGGCUCCAGUGAUUCUUACUCUCACUGUGUUUCUCUCCUCUUGCUUUGACAUAACCUCUCUUCUUUUUACCUCAGAUGUAAUUAGAUCAAUUUACUACCGAGGAGAGGCAGAAAGAGAGAAAAGAGAAAGAAAAAGAGAGAACAGGGGAGAGGGAGUGAGAGGGAUGGAAGGUUAGUGAUCAGUGUUAAGCUGUCCGUUGAAAGAACAAGCUUUCCACACACAGAUCCUGACUUUACCUCUCCACCCACAUCCCCCUCUGUCUGCCGCCUUGCAUCACACACACACACACACACACGCACACACACACGCAGUCAGACACUUACCUUCACAUACACACUCGUUUAAACACAACACACAGCAGAGUGAUGUUAGACAGGUGAGGAUUUAAUCGCUAAAGUCAGUGAAAUGAGACAUCGCAGUUAGACUUGAGGUAUUAGGUGUAUUCGGCCGCGAGGAGCUCUGUGUGGUGGAUUUGAGGAUUCGAGCAGGGAAAGGCCGUUUUAGGGCCACAUUAUCCAGGUCUUUACUAAAUACUGUUUUAUUUGAAGAAAAGGUUGCACGAUGGAAAAGAACAACUUUUUGCUUGACUUUUAAAUUCUCGUCCUACUUUGCCAAGUUUCACCAUCUGCUGUUGGGGCUCUGCACAGGCGAAGUAGCUUAACGAAUCCUGAGAGUCCAUUUUAUCACGAGAUGGGCCUCCAGUGAGCAUACCGCCACUACCAUUACUUGUAUGGCUGCCAUUUCUAUGGAGAAUGAUAAUUCAAACACAUCUGUUCUGUUAUAUUUUUUAUUCGUUAUUGCACUUCCCUGCAUUCCUUAUUAUUUCUUUGGCAAAUUUCAUCCAGUUUGAACAUAAUAAGCACUUUACUUUUAUGAAAAGAAAAGGAAAUUGAAAUGACUUUAGCCUUUUAGUGAAACAUGAUUCCGGUCUGUAAUGAUUGGUUACCCUCCAGUCACAAUAAAAGAGGUUAGAAGGGCUGUCAGCGGAAUCUGAUGUUCUUUCUUUUUUUUUGUAGAUAGAAAUCCCAUCAUCAAAUUGAAAUGCUUUAAAAUGUUAAAAAGUGUGAACUUUUUAAGGUAUUUUAAACUGAGCUUUAUUACCAGGCAUCAAUUCCCUGAGUCUCUGUGCAGGCGGCCAGAAAAAAAAAAAAAGAGUGAGAAGUUUUAUUGAAAUUGAUGGAAUAUGAAAACUUUUGUACUUUCCAAUUGCUGUCUCAGUGCCCUCAUGAAGUUCUGUCAGCCCCUCAUUGAAGAGCGUUUACAUGGAAAACUGACAGGUUAAGUUUCUGCAGAUUUCUAAUAAAGCUGCCAGACACUGACAGAAUUAUUCCAGAGCCCUCCAACGUGCCCUCUUGUUCUCAUCGCCUGAGGUUUCCUCUCUGUAAAUGACGCCUCGACGGGAGGCUUCUGCUCAGACCUCCUGCUGAAACAGAUGUUGCUGCUCAGGGAAGGACAUGGACGAGAGCAGAUCAGGGAAACUCAUUCCUUCUCUCCUCCAGCAGUCGCACCAGGAGGGCUCUGAAAUAGCAUGAGCUGGUCCUGCUGGGAACUUGCUACCUUCCCCUUCCUUGUCUUCUCCCUCAUCUACUCUCUGGUGUUCUUUGUCCCCCUUUACAGAAUCAGCAGCUCUUUCAUUUGUAUUAGAGCCCCAUUUGAGCGGCUGUCCUCUCAACAGAGCUGAGGGGAAAAUUGUUGCAUUUGAUAAGGUUUUAGUCUGUCAGUGUGCUCAUCGUGAUGGCUCUGCUGCCUCUUCACUUUGCCUCUCCAAAGGGGGUCUCUGGUCUUUGAAUUGCCUGACCUAAAGAUUGGCUUGGUGUCAAGAAAAAGCCCUCGAAGAUUUUCAGGUUCAUGUUUGUGCAUAGAGAUACAAGCUAAAAAAGUUCAUAAGCAACUGAGGCCGCAAAAUGAGAAAGUACAGCAUCUAGGGAGCAGGAAUAAAGUUUAUUGUCCGUGUAAAACAGACAGAGUGAGACAAGUGAAGAUUGAUCCAAGCUGUCACUUUGUGCUUUAAUGAAAUGCAGAGUUAAAACACACUUUCUUGUGACAAAUAAUGUGGUAAAUAAAGAUACAUUUACCAAUUUAGUGAACAUAAAAAACACCUUUAAAGUGGUACUUGUAGAAACAUUGGCUGUCCUCUCCAGUUAGUUCACUUGUAAAACUGUUUACCUCUGCCGUGCUCUUCUAUAAUGGCUUAAAGGCAACGCAGUGGGCAUGCUUCAUAAUGUAUAUGCCUCUAUUUCUAAACAAAAAGUAGAAUAGCUAUACAUAAUCUAUAUUCUUGUGUCUUCUGUUGUUUUUGAACAGUUUUGAGUCUUAAUAUUUUGAUCUCUUAUGCCUCACUGACUUGGUUAUCACAAGCUCGUGAUUUACAGCCGAGCAUCUGAAGGACGAGUGCAGUCAUGUGCUCAUCAUGUGUACGUUCAAAUCCACUGGAAGUAAAUUUUAUGUUGGGAAUAACAUCUCCAUAAACCGGCCAACUGGAAGCAUAUUUAAAAGACAUAUGAAUAUAAAUGAUGUGACCAAUUGCGGAGAUGUUGGCAUGACAAAGUUUGAUACAUGAAUAGUUUUGCAUUCAUUGCGCUGCUAAAACUGUCUAAAUCGUUGGACUUUUCUUUGAAUUUUUGUGCUCUGUGAGAGCAAGAAUGACCAAUUUUGGAGAAAGAGGCACAGAAAUAUGCAGAGAAUGUGCAGAAUAUUUCUGUUUCAGGGAGUUGUGUUGCCUUGAGAAACUCGCAGACAGGGUUCGAUAUUUCACUCAUUCAAAACAUCAAUGAACAAACAGAAAAUUCAAGAGUCCCGGGGGUCUUUAUUUUUCAACAUUUUUGGCAAUAGAAAAAAGCUGUUCUUGCUUUAAAGGCUUUGUUUUCCUCUCAGUUAUUUAUUGACAGUAAGCAUGGUACAGAUGAAUGCUGUCUGAGUGUCUGCGUGUCAGUACACAUGCGCAUGUUGGCCUGUGUGCUGUGUUAAACGGGCUAUCCAUUCUCAUUAACACUGACCGCAUUAAUGCCCGUGAGUGCGUUUUCUGUGUUAGCAUGCUUCUGUGUGCAUGUGGGGUAUGUCAUGCCUUUUGUCCUUUGUGUCUUUCUCUGCGUAGGGUGUGCUGCCCACCCCGCUGCUGUCCCCGUGGCAGGCACAGCACCAGGGCUUGACCCGUACCAGCAUGCCCCAGCGCAGACAGAGUGAGUCACUAACAUCUUUUGCCGCCUCUUAUGCAUCUUUUCAUAACACAACAUAUCAAGUGAGUGUCAGAUAAUAACAGAUAGCCUAGCUUUUCCUCCUAACUUACUACCAAAUUGUGUUCUAGGUAUUCAUGUAACUAUUAAACUACGUUUGUUUGCUUUAGGAUUAACCUGGAACAAGAUUGUACCAUGCAAAGGAUUUUUUUUUGUAGUCUUACUUCUUGUUCUGUUUGAUUAAUUAACUGGACUCCUUUUUUAUUUGGUCUAAAUAUUUUGCAUUUAAUCAAGAAGAGACUAACUUCUGAAUAUGAAAGAUAAACACUCAGUCCAGACCCCCAAAACUCCCAGUUUGCCAUCUCCUGGGUACUUCCAAAUUAUGCAUGAUUUCAACAAUGAUGCCUUCAAAAGACCCAUGCUCCAUCUGUGAGAAGGUUGGGUCUACCUACACUAACACUUGACCACAAGCCCCCCCCCAAACCCUGACCUUUGGUACGGAUAGACAGCAAGAGCCACCAGCGCAUCAACAUGGCUAUUGAGUGGAUGGCAUGCUGGAUAUCUUUACUGGUAUUUUGACAAGUUAGGCCCACAACACCUUGGGGAGGCUAAGCAGUCAGCUGCAGUGCCCUGGAACUACUCCCCCUCUAUGCCAGCUCUCAUCACUCAUCAUACCUGCAUGCAAAGGAAGAAAACAAAAUGCAAAAGCGGGAGAAGUGUGUAUAGAGAGAUGUUAGAAAGAGGACAGGGAAGGCAGAGCCCACUGGCUAAAACUCACUCCUGCCUGGUUUUGACUCCUCCACUUAUCUUUAUCAAUCUUAUAUUAUUUGUAGUAAAUGUGUAGUGCUAUGAUAUAGUGAUUAUAACUCUUGAAUUAAAAUUAUGACCUGAUCUUGCCUUUGGAUUCUAAAAAAUAGUAAGAUAAACAACCCUUUUUCCGAAUUCUGUCAGAGUACGGCUCACUGAAAUCUUUGAGACAGAUGUAAGUGCAUAAACAAUGACAGCACAAUCACAACAAGCCUGCCUAUCUCAGUGAAUCACACAACAAAGCUUUUGCCCCACUGUGUAACGUCAAGGUAGCAAUCAGGGUAGGCAGGCAGAGAGAAUGAUGACAAGUAAAUAGACUUCAGGAAAGGAGAGAGAGAGAGAGAGAGAGAGAGAGUGAGUGCAGAGCAGAAAAAAUAAAGAUGGAAACCUAGGUAUUGUUCCUCUGAUAUCCAUCCCAGCGGGGCUCAGUUUUGUAUCAACAGAAAAGGUGAAAAAUGUGGCACUGCUGCUUUUAUUUGUGUAUACCGAGUGUUAUUUCACCAUUGAGUGCUCCUGUGUUUAUGAACAAUUUAGAGAUAUAUGUGAGUAGAGCUCAGUGUUCAGUUAAAAGUGCAUUUUUUCACUUAUAUAAAAGAGUACUUAAACAAAAUGUACUUUCAAUGAAAUAUAAAAUAGAAGAUUGGAAGAUUUUAUAUCGUUUAAGCUUACUAUAAUGUAGCUGAAGUUAUGCGCAGUUGUAUUUAUAGAAUGAGAAGCAUAAGAAAGAAACCUUUAAGGAUUUGACCACCUGCUGCGAGCUGAGGCUGUAAACAAACCAGCAAAGUGCUCUUACCAGAAUUCAAGUUUUUUAGAUACUACUGGCUCUGAAAGGAGAAAGGAGUUGGCUCUUGCUUAACUAAUGCACUUUUCAUAUUUAAUCAUUGGUUAUUCUGUGUAUCUGGGUCGCGUCUGACUUUCUCUUGCAAGCUAAUUGUGUUAUUUCUGCCUUUAACGUUACCUGACCUCAACAAGUGAAUCUUUUGGGUUUGUAUCCUGUAAUUUAUUACCUACACUCCAGCGCCUCCCUCUCUUCUAACACCUUCCCUCUCCUCGUCUCAUUUCUUUACUCCAUUGCUCACAGAAACUCUCAAAUGUUCUCUCUCUUGUACCCUUGCCUUCUCGCAAUCAAUGCUUAUUGCAAGGAGUGGAGCACCUAGUGCAGUACUUCUAUGACACAGCGUGGUACAGUAAUACUUUCUUAACAUGGAGUCGGUUUGAAGCCCUUCACUCUUGCACGCUGGGCUGUGGUUGGUGAUGCAUGAUCUUGAACGUGUGCGUUUGCAUGCUUCUAUUUUGAAUAUCAGUUGAUUUUGAGUUUGAUCUGAUCAUCCUUUUAGAGAUGAUAGAUCCUGUUAUGUAAAAUUAUUAUUUUGUCACAUCUUCAUUGACUUGUACUCAUGUAAGUUCAUUUAUUUUUGGUGCUUUUAUUUUUCUCAGUUGAAGAGUGUGUUUUUUACUCCCAUACCAUCACAUUAAGUAUAGAAGGAGUGCUAUGGCAUGCAGUGGUAAAUCUCUGUGUGUGGAUUUAUUUUUUUGUUUAUUUAUUCAUCAAAAAACAGUCAUUUUAUUACUCAGAUUGUUUGCCUUGAAGGAUUUGGAUGUGAGGUGUUUUGAAAGCGCCAUUUCACUUUCCCCCCUCUGCUAUUGGACAUGAAUUCAUAUUGCUGCUGCUCUCUUUAGCGGUCCUCAUUCUUACUCUCCUGUCUAUAGCAGUUAAGCACAGCAAGCAAAAGACAAAUCUGUGGAAUCAUACAUCCUCUUCUCUCGCACUAUCUCUGCAGCUUAAACUCAUGUAAACAGGAUUCGAAUUGCUUUUUCACCACCACUUCUAUUAAAUGAUCCAAUGAAAUGUAAUCCAGGCCUUGAAAUAGAGAGCAACUCUCAUCUGCAUAUGUGCUGCAAUCACAUUGUCUUCUGGCACACAUAAUAAGGAUUAUUCACACCCUUUUUCAGGUUCUUGAAUGUGGUGUUUCUCAUCACACAGCCAUUUUUCACAGUGAAAGAGGCUGACGAUGAGAUUAGUAGUUUCGGGCUCUGACAUCUGCCAGGUGUUUAUAAUUGCCACAUUUCUUGGUCGUAUUUGUGUUAAUGUGAUUGCGACCAUUAGUGAGCUGAGGCAUUUACUUCUCAGCGAUGCAGAGAGGCGCUCUGAUUGAUUGCUGCUAAUUAUUAGUAUCUGUAGCUGACAGAUGUUGAUGCAAAUAAUUGUUAUAGAGACUGUAUAUUGUUACUACGUGUCACUUUCACUGACAGCUUGACUAGCUUCAAAAAUUUGGACUUUUGUUAAGCCUUGCUAUCAAAUUUAAUAUGUAUAUAUCUAUUAUUCUUAUUGUAAAGGAAAUUAUAGAUUGGUUUUUUCUUAAAGUACAAGUGCAGGAAGGCUUUUCUUAUUGUAGAACAAGGAUAAAGAAUAACGUCACUCAACCUCAACCUACUUUCACUCCUGUUAUGUUGUGAAAAAAUCUUUAUUUAGUUUGAACUCUGAGUGAGUAGAGGGUGAUGGAAAUGAAGCACUGUAUGCCAGAGCUAAAAAAGGGCUUAAUAACAUGCUCAUGAUAUGAGUGGCAGACUAAUCACAGUUAUUGUAAGAAGCAGAAAUAUGUUCUUUCUUGGAGUCUUUUUAAACCAAACUUUGGGAUCUAAAAACAGUGUUUUUUGUAUGAAAAAAAGAAGAAAAAAACCCCCCAAAAAACGUAAAACUGAUGGUGAGAUGAGGACAAGGGUUUCGUAAGAGGCCAGUGGAUGCAGUGUGGCAGGGCACCAGGAGAUGGAGCUGUGGCCCCUAACAUCCAUCUGCCUCACAGCACUUAUGAGUGAUGGUGAAAACAGGCAAAACAGCAUGACCUGCACAGCUAAAUAUAUAUUCACUUCAUUUGAGAAAAUGUAUUUUACAGUCUUUAUGCUUCCUCUAAAUUAGAGUUUUGUGAACAUUCGGAUGAUUUGUGUUCUUCCUUAAUGAAAGAAAAUGAGUACUUCCGCUGGUGGUGAUAUAAACUAACUGUACUGCCAUUGACCUUCCUCACCGAGAAAGUUUUCAACUAAAAUAAGCAAAAGCAUCUUGGGGUUUUAGAGAUGUUCAGUUCAUAAACUAUUCGUAAAAUGUACUCAUAGCCUGAAUAAAAUAUUCAUACAGAUGAAUAUUGACAGAAAUUUCAGAUCUGAGCAACUCAAGCUCUCUCUGGGGGUUGUUUGGACCAAAGACAGUUAAUCUCGUAUUCUGGUGUGUAUUUGGAUCUGUGGUCCAGAAUAGUUGUUGUAAAUCAGGAAUCUUUUGGCAUUAUUACAUUGGCUUAAACUUGAACACGGUGUUAAAAACAAACAAGAAUUUCUUUUUUGAGACUGGUGCUUCAAGCUGAAAAUAUCGCUAAAUUUGUGAUUCAUCUGCUGCAGUGCUUUGCAAUUGGGAAUAAUGGAGACAUGUAAUUAACGCUUUUACAAACUGCACUUAUUCAAACUAGUUAAAAAAAACUCUUCUGGGAAAUUAAGAGAUUGUUAUUUUUCACUCUUACUCAUUAAGUUGUUGAUUAACAUACUUUAAAUUGGUAGUUUGUUCUUUUGUCAUUAGCUGUUUUCCAACUCAGAUAUCACACACAGUGAGCUUCAUUAAAGAGUGUUUGUUGCAGGUCUAUAGUAGGUUUACAUUAGGUGUUCUUGUUUUUGUGUUCAUUCCCGGUACAGUAUGUCCCCCAGUGGAGGACGACACCGCGGUUGGGCUACGUUUCAUGCUGUUAACCGCUCAGCACGCUGUCAUGCUGGCACCCGGCAUAGUAGCGCACGGUUAGAGUGUUUUGAAGCCUCUCUGCUAACAGCGAUCACAAAAUGACUCAAAGACUUCAGUAGAUUCCAGGCGCUCGCAUGGCAAGGUUAUUCUCCUCUGCUUGUUUUUAAGUGCUGAAUCAGGCUUUCCUCUGUGACUUUGCCUCUCCAAAUCUGGGAAUGGUUCAGCAGCAGGCGGUGGGAACAGGCUUUGAUAUUAAAGAGUAAAUAAACAAGUCAAAGAAAGGCAGAAAUUUUCAAACGGAUUUGUGGUUCAGAAUUUCCUCUGCAGCUGCAAAAUAUUGAAAAUCCUAGAUUCGACAGGGAUCAAAGAGGCCAGAAAAAAAAAAAAAACUUUUGAAAAUGAGUGAAUCCUAAAACAGGAUGAAAGCAAGCCCUACCCCAUCAAAACCUUUAGUUUAACUAUUUUAUAGUUAACUUUUUAAAAAAUGUUCAUAUAUAUCCUCUCUCUCUUUCUCUCUCUCCAGCCUCAAAUACUACAGCCCUUCAGCCCCUGCCUCAGCGAGCAGCACCACCAGGGAAAACUAGUAAAACCUCCCCGCACAGAGGGCCGCAGUGACUUGACACAGAGCAGAUCAGAGGAAGCAACCCAAAUAGAUGCUGACUGUCUCCUUGGAGAACCUGGGGUGGACAUGUCCGAGCCUGCAGACCUAGACGAGUCAAGUCAUCUGCUCGACACCCACAGGCACCGCCAAGACUCCGAGGCUCCACGGGGAGUAACAAACAGAGACAGACCAGUAGCUGCAGCACAGCAUGAGCAGAAAGCCCUCGCUGUGAAACUGCAGAACUCCAUCACUCCCAAACCUGCUGCUGGUUCUACGUGCCCUUGCUUGCUGCAGCCUCCACGCCUUCACAAGCGCAUGCAUCUCCCGGCGCUCAAACCGAGGGGCGCUGGCAAUUCAGGAUGUUCCCCGAGCCCGUCGAUCAACCACGGAAGACAGCUGCCCCCUCCAACCAGAGGCCUUCCCUGCUUCAACGCUGGACCCCAGGCACGUGCUCUAAGUCUUUGUCGCACUUCACCGCUUCAGCCUCGCAAAGCAUCAGAGCCUUGCAGGAAUCAAAGGAGCACCCACUCCAGUCAGGAGGAGCCCGACCAGGGGGCGCUUAAAAACUCUGGGUCAGCUAAGAUCCUGAUCCCUCUGAGUCGCUCGUGCCUCCCGAAGCCAAAGAUCCCCUGAGGAGCUUCAACCAAUGCUUCAAAUCUUAAAACUGGAAUCAAUCUGACAUCAACUUCAUCCCUUCCCCUCCCUUGCCACAACACAGGAAGAUUGUUUUACUUAUUGAGCGUCAAAGAAACACAACAUAAAGCUCUUCUACACACAUGAACACUUCAGGGACUGCCAGUCUUAUAGAAACUGUUGUUGCGACUGCUGUCUACCAUCCCAGCCUGACUGAUUGAUAGACGUUGUCAGGCAUGUAGCAGAAUCUUGGACUUCACAGCAAUCAAUAGCAGUUUCUAAUUUUCCUGAGCAAGGGGCAUUCAUGGGCAAGAAAAUGAGUAAAUGUCCAGGUUUGCCAGCCUUACGUACAAAUGCUGCAGAUAUAAAGCAAAGAAAGUGUAACCGUUCAGCGAAGUCCAGUUUUUGUAUUCUUUUGUGAUGCCCUCAGGCUGUCAUCACAUUCUGAAGUCCGAGUUCACUCGUCCUCACACAGCUGUGCCCUCUGACACACAGGUGCAUUUGGUUUUAAACACAGAGGUGACAUGAAUGUGACAUUUCCCGAGUAUUAGAAAGCCCAGGGGAAGAGAGGGGCAAGAAUAAGAAGUGGGAAAGAAAGGGAGGAGGGGGGGAUAAGAGCAGAGGUGCGGUGGUGGCUAGAGACUGAGAAGCAAAUUCGUCAAAGUGCUCUGGAGCUGUCACAUCCAGAGUAAAAAUAUAUGUAUGAGUGUGUGUCCAUGUGAAAGUGAGAGAUGAGAGAUGUAGAGGUGAGGCACAAAGAGUACAGCACUUCACACUGUAGGUUCAGCCAUGUUUGGAGCUCACUGUGCGUACAUCCUGUAAACCUUUAGUCCUGCACACAUUAGUGAAGGGGUUUAUUCACCAGUGUGACUCAAAAUGAGGUAUAGGCAUAAAAAAGAUAACACCACACUCGCAUUAGAUGUACUGUUUAUAAUUAGUAAAUACAGUUUUGAAGUUGAGAAUAAGCUUUCAUAAUGCAGUGUAAAAGGACAGUGUAAUACAGCACUUGUAUACAUGAGUGUACUCAGGUACAAUGUAUGAAUCACAGCCAUGGAUGAACACGCGCAUUAGUACUCAGACUCUCUGGAUACUGUUAUUUCAGGGUUACUUUUUGCGUUGUUAGAUGGGAAACAGUGAAGAGGAAAAGGAAGUUUAAUGCAGGAGGAGGAGGAGGAGGAGGAGGAGGAGGAGACAGUGUGUAGCACAACGGAUUUAAAAUCUUAUUAGACGACAGAAAAAUAUCUGCCAGUGAUUAAAAUUAGAAAGUGUACAAACUGAAUCAUGGAAAUAUGAUGUCAAAAACUGUAACCAGUCAAACUCAGGAAAAGUUACACCUUAUUCGACAAAAAAAGACUUCUCCAGUAACCUUCUAGGUGGGUGUUUUUCUACCCCUUCGCUCCCUCAGUGACCCCACAUGGAAACGUCAGCUAACAGGGAUUCAUUAAACAAGCAAAGCUGCUGCCUGAUGUAGGUAUGUGUGAGCGCUUGUGUGUGUUUGACUGUCUGAGUUGUUGUCCUUUUCCACCCCUUUCACUCUCUCUCUUUCUCUCACUGUCUCUCUCUGCCCUCGCUCUCUCGCACAUCUCCUCGGGAACAUCAAAGGUAUUAGCACGGUAUUUUCAGGUAGGCAGCCUUGGGGGGGUUUAGCGGUGUUUCUGUGGGACUUUUGGAGGAUUGUGUUUAUCUUCUCCUCGCCGAGCCCUUUUGCAGUCAAACGCUCCCGAAAUGUCCCCAAACGGAGAGCAGCAGUGUGUUAAAAAGACCUUCUGACAGCAACUCUGUUCUCUUCUCUGUCACGCCGCGUGACCGCUUGGUGUACGCCUCUGGCACUGUCCGGUCUACUGCAUCCAAUAAUGCACCCUACAUAGACAGAGUGAGACAGUAAGAGAGAGAGUAAAAGAGAGAGAGAGAGAGAGGGACACACACAUAGACACACACAACAAGCAGACACAUCCGGACACAAGAGUUACAUGGACACACAUGCACAGGAACUCUGACAAAACUCAAAGAGACACGAAACUCAGAGCAAACACACACAUCAGUUCUCACUUUUCGGUGGCCACAGAAGUGCACCGACUCACACACACUGACUUUGAAUUUUAUUAAAAAGUGCAUAAAAGUGUUUUUCUUAGCUAACCAAGUUUUGCGUAGCCCCUCCAAAAAAGAUGGCAGUCUCUAAUUUGCUUGAGAUUAGCAGUCUUGUCCAUGUUGUAAGCAGGGAUCCACGCGGCUGAUAAAAUGUGUUUACCUGUCAGAUGGUUGGACAUUGUGCCAAAUCAGCCAAGCAGACACACUGCUGUGCGAGUCGAGAAAAAAAAGUCUUCUAAUGAAAACGGAAACGAGACAGAUAGAUAGAUACAGAGGAAGGACGGGCAGGGAAAAACAAUAAGACAGAGCAGGAAGCAAGAGCAAAAACAAAAGAGAUGUAAAGAUGAAGUCGUGAAGGCACGAUUACGACCGGCUGUUUUUUUGCAAAUUUUCUGUGAAAGUUUGUCCACAAAAUGUCAUGCAGGUGUGUCUUAGAGUGGAGAGGGACUAAGGAUACCUAACAUGUUUGUUUGUGUGCACUUUGGCCUGAUCCCCUCAGCUGUGCCACUCAAUGCUUUGUAAUGCCAAACAGGAAAUCAAUGUUGCCCGCUGAAUGUGUUUGUGUAUCGCUUUGUGGGUGUGUAUGUGCAUCUCCAGACACCUCUGCCUGCCAGGAAGUGUGUGUAUGUGUGUGUGUAGAAAAGAGAGAGUGAGUGUGAGAGAUGUAUCUGCCCACGGGCCAAAGGCAAAGCCAUGCCAGAGAAAGCAGGGCAGCGCCAUCCUUCUCUCUCCAUGCUGUAAUCCCUAUCUUCAAAUCAAUGUCCCCCGCUCAGUUUAGCCGUCUGGCCAAUCACUCACUCAUUCCUAGCUGCUUGCUAUGACAACAAAACCACCACUGAAAACUCCAAUGGAUCGAUUCAAACAUAGAGUCAUAACUCUGUUUAAUUAGUAAGAACACUGAACGGUUAUAUGGCUGCACUGCACAGCAAGAUAAAGGCACCAACAGGAGUUAAAUUGUGUUUUCUGACCACAUUCGACAUCUAAAGAGCACAUAAUGCACUCAUUAGGACAAUUGUCUGCAAUAUUAUGAUGCUGCACAUCAACUGAGACAACUGCUACCACACAAACAUAUAAAGAGAAUUACUAUAAAAGCAAAAUAGAGCUAUAUAAAUGGUCUCAAGCUUCUAGUUUGACCUUAAAGUGAUGGAUCUGUGGGACGUAUUCACGAUUUAUAGCCCAUUGUUUUGUCUUUACAUCCUAUCGCCUCACCUCAGAUUAAUGUGAAUGCUAACAUUACAAGUCUGCUGAAUGAGGAAAUAUAACAAGAUUGUGGUGCAAGGAAAAAAGAAAACUGCAGCUAUGCCUCACUUUAAUUUAAAGUAGCUCUGCUUUUGUUGUGUAUCUACUGUACAACUAGGAGAGUACAGUUGUACUUUAACAGUAGUUUUAAAUCAACCACACACGUAUUAACAGUCAUCAUCUUUCCACUGAAGCGGUUUCAUAUAAUCACUAUAGAGUAGUUCUUCAUACUUCAUAUAUCUUCAUGUAAGGUAUAGUGUCGUCACUGUUUAUUCCUAAUAUUGCCUAAUAUUAACUGGUUCCAGGUGUAAAGCACUGUGUCUGGUGUACUGUGCAAUAUUGUCCUGAAAAUUGUCAAAAAGAUGAGGGAGUGCUAAACUUUAUUUCUAGCGACCUUUUAUGCAAAUGACAAAGCAAAUAAAGCUUUGUUUGUAUAAAUUCUAAUCUGAUGCACUUUACGUGACGUGAGCAGCUGAUGCUGAAUUAAACUGGAGUUAGAGGCUACUUAGAAUGCAUUUGGGUUGAGCUUUGCCAGUGUGUCUACAUUUGUGCAAUGAUAUUUUUCUAGGAAGCCAUGCGAGACAGCAAUAAAGGUUAAACCAAAAAAUCUGACAGGAGUGUUUAUCUUCUUUUGAGCUUUUUUGAAUUUUUCCAUCUUUGAUUAAUUUUGUUUUUUUUUUUCUAUCCCCAAAUGAAAGCAUGCAGACAACCUUGAUGUGUGUUUCCCUUGAAAUGCCACACUGCAGGUCGUUGGUAAAAUGUUAAAAGAAGAGCAGUAUAUGUGCCGUGCUACAGGAAAAAAGCUGAUUCUGUGGUUGGAGGUAAAACUUACAUAGUUGUUGGUGUUCAUUAGGAUUUAUUUCAGAACCUAACCAUGCUUAUUACUAAAACCUAAAGCUGCUGAUCUCAGUUUAAAAUGGAAGAAAAACCUUCUUCAAAGACUUUUUUUUGUUGUUUUCACUGUAUGCAGGUUGUAUUUAUGUGAAAUUAAAGUACGAUUAUGAAACAGCUGUGGUUUCUGUUUUCUUUUAUGUCUUUAAAAUGUCACAGAUUUUCAUUUGCGUAUCUAUAACAAAGCUCUAUUAAAUACCCCAGCAGAAGUGCCACAAAUGUUCAAACGAUGUUUAGCCUCCAAAGAGGAUUGUAGCUGUCCCAAAUUUCUUUUGACAAGAGACUACAAAAUAAAAAAUAUUAUGUGGAAGAGAAAAAUAGGCACAGACAUGGAUAUAAAUCUGUUGUGCAAAAAGUUUCAAAGCAGGGACAUUUCUCUUGUUGAAUCAAUGAUAACAAGAAGGCAUUAUUCAUCUCGCUUCAUUACAAAUCAUGCAGCCUCAGUACACCUUGCAUUAAGUCCACAACCUAAUGAGGUUACGCGCUUCAGAGGCCAUGGGUGGAUAACAGCCAGCCGAGCGCAAGGAACAGCAUGACACUGUCAUUAAACUUGGAAAAGUGCAAGAUGGAGUGCAAAAGGUUUUCUCUUGAAAGAAAGCCAGACUCUUUCCUCAUAAACUGUCAUACAUAUGUCGAAGGUUUGAACUCUUUUCAUGCUACAGUGACGUAGGUCGCUUUUAAAUAACAGGGUGUUUGUAGAGUAAUUGAGAGUAAUACUAAGGAAGGAAAGUGCACAUUCUCUUGAGACAUGACAUGUCAGAUUGUACAAAUGACUCAUCGGUCAUACCAAGUAUUUGCAAGAGUUCCUAUAGUUUCCUUUCUAGCCAUCAUUUACAAGCUGUUAACUUUGAAAGUAAAAUCUUAUCCUACACCAUCCUUCAAUUCUUAAGCUGUGUCCACCUAAUCUAAAUCAUUCAAGCUUGAUGUGCCAUCCCUAAACGAAUUAUUUAAACAUAAAAAUGCCUAAUUUUAACAGUGGUCGAACUGAAUUCAGACCGCACUGUUGCAGGUAUGGAUGUGACAGGGUGUGAUAAACAGGUACAGAGCUGCCAAGCCUCACACUUUGAGUGUGACAGUCAUGCAAUUUGACCCAUUCUCACACCACACGCCACACUUGACUUUUCUCACGCUUUUAUUUCCAUAUUCAAAACUCUGUAUUUAUAUUUUUCAUGAUAAUAAACUUGGCUUGCCGUAGUUCGAGUAACUCUGAUUGUCUGACAGAGAUAACCAACCCCAGACCAAUGUAUCAGUAAUUUGUGCAUCUAACCAACCACAGAAGGCACCAUGUGGUAGAAACCAAUCAAAGGCAACAUAAGGCAGGUCUUGGCAUCUCUAACUGUCUUUCACACACAACAGCGCAGACAUUUAAAACCCACUCGACGUAAUACAAUAUUAACUAAUAAAUGUAUUUUGUCAAAAUUCUUGUUACAAUUUCAAUUUCUGGUUAAUUAAGAAUAGCAUUAGGGAGAGCAGCUGGCAUGGAGGCGAGGACAUCAGUCUUCAGGUAUAAAUCCACGUUAAAAAAGGCAAAAAAAUUUCACCAAACUCAUCAUAACACUAAAGUCUCACUCUUGACAUUUUCUGAAACUUGGCAGCCCUGCAGGUACAUAACACCAGUUGAUACUUCGGGACCAGAUGUUUCAAUUACUUUCUUGUUAAAACCUGAUGCAUACAUGUCCUAAAUUCAACACCACUUCUGAUAGCUAUAAAUUCAGGUGUGUUGAUACCAUAAAUGUGAAGUACAGGUUAUCAGAAUUAAAAAUACUCAAUGUUUGACCUUUAGGCUAGCUCGGGAUCAGGAGACUGGUUAGCUUGAUGCUAACCCUGCAGCAACAAGGGAGAACUUAGCAUUAAUUCGCUAUUUCACUUUUAUAUUUUGUAGCAGUUUAGUUAGGCCCAUCCCCCACUUUUAAUAUAAAAUCAGAGGUUUCUUAGCAUUGCAUAAUUUCAUUUGGAACAAUCUCACAACAUGCUAGCAAGUGCUAUCUUUUAGCUGCUAGCCUCAAGCAGUGGUAAGGGGCUUGCUUGUAGCACACAGGAACAGAGAAAUGGGCUGUUCUUCCAAACAAAACCUGUUUUUUCCUGAAGUCAAGUCAGUCAUUUAAAUAUCAGUCAUUAAUAGGACCCCUUGAGUCUGCCCCAUGCUGACACUUAAUAUGGGGAGUUUAAAACAAUAGAUCAAUCAAGUGACUAACCAAGGAAUAUUUGCACCCUGCUGAUUGGUUGACCUAUAUGCACAUGACCCCUGCCAGUUCCUGUCAUUUAUAUCCAAAUACAUGCCUCUCAAAAAUGGCAGCCAUCCAGCACCCCUCCUCCUCCUCUG